AUGACUUAACUUCUGCUAAAUGAACCCGUGGACUAGUAUAAGUUUUUCGCAGUGGCGUAUUUAUUUAGAAUCGGGCGAGCGCCUAAGCGACGUUUAUCGUAAGAUAAGGACUAGUAACGUCGAGUGAGAGUUUUUUUGUGCGUUGUGCUGCGGUGGCGGCGUGAUGGAGAAGCAGUCGAGGUGGUCGGAGCAACGCUCGGAGCAGCGCUCCGAGCAGCGGGUGCAGCAGCACUCCGAGAGGCACGAGCAGAUCGUGCAGCAGCAGGAACGCGUGCAGCGCACCGAGCACCACUACACGCGCCAGAUGCUCACACAACAACAAGUGGAGAGCACUGGCGAUCGUCUGCCCAUCACCGUAGGCAAACCAGGUGAUCCCUCACCGCCAAUAUUCGAGCAAAUCUUCAAAAAUGCAAGAUUUGCGCAAGGUGGUAAUGCGAAGUUCGAAGGAAAAUUAAGAGGGAAUCCAACGCCUGUAGUGUCGUGGACCAGAAAGAAAGCACCACUAGUUGAAUGCAAUAAGUAUAGUAUGAGCUACAAUGAACAAACUGGUGAUGUGUCGUUACUAAUUAAACAAAUUGGGCCAGGUGAUGAGGGCGAGUACACAUGUACAGCUCGCAAUCAGUACGGUGAAGCAAUUUGUUCGGUGUAUAUACAGCCUGAGGGAGUCCCUGUACCUGCUCAACAGUCCUCUCAACAACAGAGCUACCGACAUGUUAGCGAAAGUGUCGAACAUAAAUCAUAUGGCACUCAAGGGUACUCCACGGAACAGUCACGGCAAACACAGAAAAUUGCCUACACGAAUGGUUCCGAUUACUCUUCUACCGAGGACUUCAAGGUCGAUACUUUCGAGUACAGACUUCUAAGAGAGGUAUCCUUCAGAGAAACAAUCACUAAGAGAUACAUUGGGGAAACUGACAUUCAAAUCAGCACCGAAGUUGAUAAGUCCUUGGGCCCUGUAGCCCCACCUAAAAUAUCACAGAAACCAAGAAAUUCAAAACUUCAAGAGGGAGCUGACGCACAAUUUCAGGUACAGCUAUCAGGUAAUCCCAGGCCUCGAGUAACGUGGUUCAAGAAUGGACAAAGGAUAGUGAAUUCGAACAAACACGAAAUUGUAACGACACAUAACCAAACGACACUUAGGGUAAGAAACACACAAAAGUCUGAUAUUGGUCACUACACCUUAUUAGCUGAAAAUCCCAAUGGAUGUAUUGUAACGUCAGCAUAUCUCGCAGUAGAAUCUCCUCAAGAAACAUAUUUCCAAGAUCAGAAAUCACAAUAUAUUGUAGACUCACAACAAACAGGAUAUGAAGAAAGAGUAGAAGUAACCGAAAAAGCUCUCGCUCCGCAAUUUGUAAGAGUUUGCCAAGAUCGCGAUGUAACGGAGGGCAAAAUGACGCGAUUCGAUUGCCGCGUCACUGGCAGACCUUACCCAGAAGUCACGUGGUUCAUUAACGAUAGACAAAUUCGAGACGAUUAUAAUCAUAAGAUAUUAGUAAACGAAUCCGGUAAUCAUGCACUUAUGAUUACAAACGUCGAUCUCAGUGAUAGUGGUGUGGUAACGUGUGUAGCGCGAAAUAAGAGUGGGGAAAUAUCUUUCCAAUGUAGACUGAACGUAAUUGAAAGGGAACAAGUAGUUGCUCCUAAAUUUGUUGAGCGUUUCAGUACUUUGAGUGUCCGUGAGGGCGAACCUGUUGUUUUGAAUGCACGCGCAGUUGGCACACCCAUACCACGAAUCACAUGGCAGAAGGACGGCGUACAAGUUAUACCCAAUCCAGAGUUACGAAUUAAUACCGAUGGUGGGGCCUCGACGUUGGACAUUCCGCGAGCCAAGGCGUCGGAUGCGGCAUGGUACCAGUGCACCGCUCAGAACGUCGCAGGUUCCACCGCUACUCGGGCAAGGCUCUAUGUCGAAGUACCAAAAGAGCCUCCGCCUGAGCAAAAGCGUCUGCACUUACCCCGGCCUACAAAGAUCAUUGAACCAGAACCUGCUCCUGGACCAGAAAUCAUAUAUUUGAGGCACGUGGAAAGAGCAAGACCUUAUAUUCCUCCAGGAGAGGAAGAUCGAGUUUAUCCUCCCCCACAGUUUAUCGUGCCACUCAAAAGUGUAUCGCAGAUAGAAGGUGGCAAAAUUCACUUUGAAACGAGGAUAGAACCGGUUGGCGAUCCAACGAUGAAGAUAGAGUGGUUGAAAAAUGGACAAAGUAUUGAAGCUAGUUCUAGGUUUACAUCAAUAUUCCGAUUUGGUUAUAUUUCUCUAGAUAUGCUCAGUCUCAAUAUUCAAGAUAGUGGAGAAUAUACAUGUCGUGCGAUCAGCUCUACAGGAGUAGCUGAAACGAAAGCUGUUCUACAGGUUACACCAAGAGCUACUAUUGAAAGAACAAGUCAACAUCCACAAAGUUUACAAUAUAUUCAACAGUUAGAAGAUUAUUCUAAGUAUCAACACCAAGAAUCUAUCGAAGAACAAUCGUUGCAGAGGCCGCAAUUUAUAAGGCCAUUACAAGAUCUCGGUGAGCUACAGGAAGGAAGAAAUGCACACUUUGAAGCGCAACUUACCCCCGUUAGCGAUCCUACAAUGAGAGUAGAGUGGUACAAAGAUGGAAGACCAAUUACAGCCAGCUCGCGAAUCACGUCAAUCUUCAACUUCGGUUACGUCUCCCUUAACAUCAUGCACCUACGGGCUGAAGAUGCAGGUUCGUACACAGUGCGGGCUGUUAAUAAAUUGGGUGAAGCCAUUAGUACCGCUAGUAUUAGAGUAGCAGCUAGAAGUACAGUUACUGCUGAUCUUGGUAUACCGGAACAGCGCCGAUACAUCGAGAAGACUGAGCAAUUAGAAGCUUACCAACAGCAACAACACCAAAAAUAUUAUCAGGAAGUCCCUGAGAGCACUCAGAGACCUGAAUUUAAGACUCCUAUUAGGGAUCAAGUAAAUAUUAAGGAAGGUGGUUUCGCGCACUUUGAGGCUCGACUAGAGCCUGUGGGCGAUUCAACCUUAAGAGUAGAAUGGUUAAAGGAUGGACGUCCUGUCGAAGCAAGUUCAAGAAUUACUACAUUCUUUAAUUUUGGUUAUGUGGCAUUAACUAUAAAAUCAGUGACCGUACAUGAUGCUGGUCAUUACACGUGCAGAGCCUAUAAUGCACUUGGUCAAGCAACAACUGAUGCUAAUCUGACAAUAAUAACAAAGAAAGAUAUAAUUGCGGAGUCUCAACAUCCAGGUGGACUGGAAAAAAUACAACAUCUCGAAGAUUCUAGCAGGUAUUUGAGAAGAACUGAAGAAGAAACAAGGGUUACACAAAAACCCAGAUUUUUGGGGCCAUUAAAAGGCACAAAUAAAAUUGUAGAAGGUCAGAGUGCACACUUUGAAGCAAGGGUUGAGCCACAAAGUGACUUGACCAUGAGUGUGGAGUGGUACUUUAAUGGAAAACAAAUUAAGACUGCAAAUCGUAUUCAGACAUAUCAUGACUUUGGUUAUGUCGCGUUAGAUAUAACUAACGUACGCGCUGAAGAUUCUGGCGUAUACACUGUUGUAGCUCGUAAUGCGGCAGGAGAAGCCCAACUUAGUGCAUCCAUGACAGUUGAGACCCGAUCGAGUAUUGAUACGUCUAGUAUUCACCGAGGUUUAUACGAAAAAACCCGACAAAUAGAAGAAUCAAAAUUUGUGGAACCAAUGUAUCAAAUUGAAGAAAUCUCAAAAUCUAAACCAGUUUUCGUACAGCCCUUAUCAGAUCCAGCGCCAAUAUCCGAGGGGAAGAACAUUCAUCUUGAAUGCCGGUUAGAACCAAUGGGUGAUCCUACAAUGAGAGUAGAAUGGUUCCACAACGGUAGAGCUAUAACAGUAGGCUCCAGAUUUAGGACAUACUAUGACUUCGGAUUUGUAGCUUUAGAUAUAAUUCAUGCAACAUCAGUUGACACAGGAGAGUACACUGUUAGAGCAGUAAAUCAUUUAGGAUCAGCUCAUACAUCUGCAAUGGUACGUGUUAUUGAGAGGUCAGAUAUUUUAACUGAAACACAGAAUGAACAAGCUGUUGAACAAAUACAAAUGCUGGAAGAUGCUGCUAGAAGAAGCAGACAGGUACAGGAAGAUAUAACAGUAAUGCAAGCACCUCAGUUUUCUAGGGCAUUACAUAACAUUGAAACAAUUGAAGGUACUAAUGUGCAUUUGGAAUGCAGAUUACAACCUGUCGGAGACCCUACGAUGAGAGUCGAAUGGUUCUGUAAUGGAAGACCAAUCAAAACAGGUCACAGGUUUAGACCUGCCUAUGAAUUCGAUUACGUAGCUCUUGACUUAUUAAGCGUUUAUCCAGAAGAUUCUGGAGUUUACACAUGCCAAGCUACAAAUCAACUAGGCGAAGCAGUGACAUCUUGUGCAUUGCGUGUUAUUGCUAAGAAGGACUUAAUAUUCGAAUCACAACAUCCUUCUGGACUCGAGAAAAUUCAAUAUUUAGAAGAUGCUUCGAGGUAUAAAAAAUCUGAAGUGAUUGAUGAGUCUAUAAAUAUAAAACCGCAUUUUGUAACCAAGCCUAAAUCGAUAGAAAACGUAAUAGAAGGGAAUCAUGUUCAUUUUGAAUGUAAGCUGGAGCCAGUAACCGAUUCAAAUCUCAAAGUAGAAUGGUUCAAGAACGGCCAACCUGUUACUAUUGGCCAUAGGUUCAGACCUAUUCAUGAUUUUGGAUAUGUGGCACUGGAUAUAAUCGAUUUGAUUGCAGAAGACUCAGGUGUUUACACUUGUAGAGCUGUAAAUCUUGUAGGCACCGAUGAGGUAAGUUGCAGAUUAACUUGCCGCGGAACGGCUGAUAUUAUUAGAGGCACACAAAAUGAGGCUGGUUUGGAACAAAUUCAUGUUUUAGAAGAUAGGUCACGUUAUCAAAGAAGUGAUUAUGUUGAUGAAAUCACUUCGCAAGCUCCUAUAUUUACGACAUCCUUAAAAAAUAUUGAAAUAAAAGAAGGACAGCGCGCACAUUUUGAAUGUAGACUUAUUCCAGUAUCGGAUCCAACAAUGAAAGUUGAGUGGUAUCACAACAAUAAGCCACUCAAGAGUGGUUCAAGGUUUACUGAAACAAAUAAUUUCGGUUUUGUGGCGCUUGAUAUUAUGUCCUGCUUACCUGAAGAUUCCGGAACGUAUACUUGCAGAGCUAUAAAUGCUCUCGGCGAAGCAGUUACUUCAGGAAUUGCAGUUGUGCAUUCCAAAAAGUCAAUUUAUUUGGAAUCUCAGCAUGAAGGAGCUCUAACAAGAUUAAAUCAACUUGAAGAUACCUCAAGAUAUCAAAGAUAUAGCGCACAGGAUGAGAUUAUUACUCAAGCACCAGUAUUCACGAUGCCUAUGAAAGAUAUAAGAGUAGCAGAAAAUCAAGCCGCACACUUUGAGGCAAGACUUAUUCCUGUGGGUGACCCAAAACUCCGCGUAGAAUGGUUGCGUAAUGGUGUACCAAUUGAAGCAUCAAAUCGAUUAACAACGAUGCAUGACUUUGGAUAUGUCGCUCUUAAUAUGAAAUACGUAAAUCCUGAAGAUUCUGGAACAUAUACAUGCCGCGCAAUAAAUGAACUAGGAGAAGCUGUGACUUCAUCGACGUUAUUCGUACAAUCCAAAGCAUCGCUGCAACUUGAAUCACAACAUGAAACUGCGUUAGAGAAAAUUCAACAGCUCGAGGAUACAUCGCGUUAUCAACGCAGAGAAGAUGUAGAGGUUCAAGUUAAUCAAGCACCUAGAUUUAUCACUCAAUUAAACGGACCUUCAAGACUAGUAGAAGGACAGAGUGCUCAUUAUGAAUGUCGCAUUGAACCAUACCCAGAUCCCAAUAUGCGCGUGGAAUGGUAUUUCAAUGGAAAGGUUUUACAGAGCGGUCAUCGAUAUCGUACUGCUUUUGACUUUGGGUUCGCAGCACUUGAUGUUCUCACUGUUUACGGAGAAGAUUCUGGAGAAUACACAUGCAAAGUUAUAAAUAAUUUAGGACAAGCUACAUCAUCUAUCAAGUUGAAUGUACAAUCCAAGGAAUCCAUAAUAAGGGAAACACAACAUGAAAGUGCAUUAGAAAAGAUUCAGUAUUUAGAAGAUGAUAGCAGAUAUAGAAAGGUUGUUCGCGAUGAAAGCUUUGUUGCUGAAAAGCCACAAUUUGGAAGGCCACUUAAGAAUGCUCAAGUCGCUGAAGGCAAGCCAGUACAUCUUGAAGCAACAUUGACUCCAGUAAAUGAUCCUACCAUGCGAGUUGAAUGGUAUUGCAAUGGACGACCAAUACAACAAGGUCACCGCUUUAAAACUACUUAUGAUUUCGGAUAUGUAGCACUAGAUAUUCUCUAUGCAUAUGCUGAAGAUACAGGUACUUACAUGUGUAAAGCAACAAAUGCCGUUGGAGAAGCUGUCACUACAAGCUCUGUAAAAGUGGAUGCUAAAUCUGGCCUUUACCUUGACACACUUGAUGAACAAAGGCUGAGAAAGAUUCAAGAACUAGAAAGGUAUGAAAGACCUAAAGCAGUUGAAGAAGAACAGCCUGGACAAAGACCCGUAUUCUUAACAGCAUUAACAAGUCUUGAGAAUUUGAAAGAAGGUGACCGCGCCCACUUCGAAUGUAGAGUUGAACCGAUUAAUGAUCCUGAUUUAAAGAUUGAAUGGUUCCUCAAUGGACAAAAGAUAAAAACUGGCCAUAGAUAUAGAACUACACAUGACUUUGGCUAUGUAGCCCUGGAUAUUCUAUACUCUUAUGCUGAAGACUCUGGCACGUACAUGUGUAAAGCAACUAAUAAGCUUGGUGAAGCCGUUAAUACAUGCACGUUGAAGGUUGCAGGGCACAGGAGUAUUAUUCUAGAUACUCAACAUCCGAAUGGAUUAGAAAAGAUUAGACAAUUGGAAGCACAAGGCCAUCACACUAGAUUAGAAGUGGAAGAGCCUAAGAUUAGCCCGCCUAGGUUCGUUACCGAACUAAGGGGAACAACGCACGUAUUUGAAGGCAAAACUGCUCACUUUGAAUGCCAAGUUGAACCUGUACAUGACCCCAAUUUACGUAUUGAAUUCUAUCAUAAUGGAAAAGCCCUGCAAUCUGCCUCAAGGUUCCAUAUCACUUUUGAUUUUGGUUAUGUGUCAUUAGAUAUUCAGCAUUGUGUUCCUGAAGAUGCUGGUGAAUAUUCUGUUAAGGCCAUCAAUGCUCUCGGUCAGAGUACCUCAUCGAUAUCUUUGACAGUAACCGCAAAAGGCAGUAUUAUAUCGGAAUCUCAACGUCCAGAAGGUCUGGAAAAGAUUCGAGAAUUAGAAUCAGUGGAACCAUUCAAACGUCCUGAGAUACCGGAACCAGUUACUAGGCAGAGACCAGUAUUUACACAACCUCUCCAAAAUAUCGACAAUAUACAAGAAGGACAAACGGCACACUUUGACUGCCGACUUAUUCCUGUUGGAGAUCCUACACUUAAAGUAGAAUGGUUUAGAAACGAAAAACUUAUUGAAGACAGUUCCCGAAUUACAAAGACACAUGACUUUGGAUAUGUUUCCAUGACUAUCACGCAUGUACGUGACGAAGAUGAAGGUGUCUAUAUGUGCAGAGCAUCAAAUUUACUCGGAGAGGCAGUUACAACUGCUGCUAUGAGAAUAAAAACAAAGGCAGCUAUCCAGUUGGAUACGCAACAUCCCGAAGGAAUGAAGAAGAUUCAACGAUUGGAGGAGCCGCAGCCUAAACGAAGCGAGGAACCAGAUCGGGAGUUUGAAAAACCAAUUUUCACACAAGUUCUUACUGGACCUUCGGAACUUUGGGAAGGACAACAUGCACAUUAUGAAGCUCGCGUUGUUCCUGUUGGUGAUCCAAGCUUACGAUUUGAAUGGUAUAUUAAUGGCGUAGAACUUAAAAUGGGAUCACGAUUCCGUACAACGCAUGACUUUGGAUUUGUAACAUUAGAUAUAAACUCAGUAGUUGCUCAAGAUGCUGGACUAUACAUGUGUAAAGCUAUUAAUAGAGCUGGUAGUACAGUGUCCUCGACAGCACUAAAGGUCAAGACAAAAUCUACUAUAGUAGAUCAAGCAAUGAGGCCUGAAUCUUGGGAACAGAUUCAGUUAAAAGAAGCAGCAAUGAAUAAAGUCCCCGAGAUGUUUAUUGAUAGUGGAGUUCAACAGGCGCCUAUCUUUACCACUCACUUAAAGAGUUACGAUAAACUCGUCGAAGGACAGCAUGUAUACCUUGAAGCACAAGUAGAACCGCGUACAGAUCCUAAUUUAAGAAUAGAAUGGUUUAAAAAUGGCAUAUCUUUAACUACAGGAGCAAGACUGAAGAGUACCUUUGACUUUGGACUUGUCACAUUAUCAAUCAAUGGUUUGAGAAUAGAUGAUUCUGGUAUUUAUACAUGCAAAGCUACUAAUCUUCAGGGAGAAGCAGUCUCUACAGCUUCUAUUAAAAUUGAAGAUCGUCACUGGCUACUUGGCGAAUCACUUCAUCCCGAAUCGCUAGACAGAAUUGGAGCUUUAGAACAGCCUAAACCAACGAAACCUGAAGCGCCUGAACCGGUUUACGAAACACCUGUAUUUAUUUCUCACUUGAACAACAUAUUAUGUAAAGAAGGCGAUAAUAUUCACUUCGAAUGCAAUGUGGAGCCUUCUAGAGAUCCAACACUUAGGAUUGAAUGGUUCUUUAAUAACAAAGCACUAUCCUCAGGUACGAGAUACAAGAGUACUCAUGAUUUUAGUUAUGUAUCAUUAGAUAUUACUCACACAUAUGAAGAAGAUUCUGGUAUCUAUACAUGUAAAGCGACGAAUAGUAAGGGAUCAGCUACAACAUCCGGUUCGCUUAGGUGUACUGGAGAUAAAAAUAUUUAUUUUGAUACCCAACAUCCUCAAGGAAAAGCUGGAUUGGAAGCCGUUGAACAAGCUGAAGAAGCUAGAUUAGCAAAGGGUAGGAGACCGUCUGUGCCUGAUGCUGAAUACGCGAAACCAGAAUGGGUAGUUCCAAUAGCAGCUGAAAAUCAACUACUAGAAGGCCAAGCUCUACAUUUGGAAGGUCAAGUUGAACCCAAAAAUGAUCCUAAUCUGAAAAUUGAAUGGUAUUUUAAUGGCAAAGUGCUUGAACAAGGGUCAAGAUUCAAACUUACUAGUGAUUUUGGUUUUGUAACUUUAGAUUUAAUCGAUGUUUACGAGAGAGAUAGUGGAAUAUACACAUGCAAGGCUUACAAUAAAAGAGGCGAAGCUUUCACUUCUUCGACCAUUUAUUGUAUAAGCAAAGAGAACUUGAUUGAGAGGACACAACAUCCUAAAGGUACGGAAGGCUUGGAGAGGAUACAAAAUCUCGAAGAGUCACUUCGUAGAGAACCUGGCCAAAAACCUGACGAUGAUACGGGUAGGCCACCAGAAUUCACUAGCGUUUUCAAAGAUAUUGUGGAUAUAAGUGAGGGUCAAAUAGCUCAUUAUGAAGCUUCAUUAAUACCAACUGGUGACCAGAGUAUGGUAAUUGAAUGGUUCUAUAAUGGAAAAACUAUUGAAGCUAGUCACCGCAUUCGUACCGUUUAUGCAUUUGGUAUGGUUGUUCUUGAAAUACUGGGAACUAAGACCACCGAUUCUGGAGUAUAUUCUUGCCGAGCUACUAAUAGAUGGGGUCAAGCAGAAAUAAGUGUCAAAUUAGAAUGUGUUGAUAAGAGUAAAGGACAAAAACCCAGAUUUACUACCCACAUUCAAAACAUCGACGGACUAAAAGAUGGUCAGUCUGCACACUUUGAAUGUACCGUUGUACCUGUGGAUGAUCCUGAUAUGAAAAUUGAAUGGUAUCAUAAUGGUCAACAUUUGAGACAUUCGACAAGAAUAAAGACCGUUUCAGAUUUCGGUUUUGUAGUUCUUGAUAUUGCGUAUACUCAAAAUCAUGAUUCUGGUGAAUACGUUUGUCGUGCAUACAAUAAAUACGGAGAAGAUUUUACUAAAGCUACUAUUGGUUGUUACGGACGCAGUGGAGUUUACUUAGAUAGUUUACAACCUGAUUCCUUAGCUAAAAUUAGGGAGUUAGAAAGUCUGCAAGGUCAACAACAACAAGCACCUGCGGCAGCAUCUGCAGAACCUCCAAAGUUCCUUACUCAAAUACAAGAUGUCACGAAACUUGUAGAAGGUCAAAGUGCUCACUUUGAGGCCCGUCUAGUACCAGUAGAUGACCCUGAUCUUAAAGUAGAAUGGUUCUACAAUGGUAAGAAAUUACCUCAUGGCCACCGAUACAGAACUUUCCACGAUUUUGGUAUCGUUAUCUUAGAUAUACUUUAUUGUUAUGAAGAGAAUUCCGGCACAUAUGAGUGCAUUGCCACUAAUAAAUUAGGCCGCGAUUCCACGAAGGCUACUCUCAAAUGCACAUCGAAAGAGAAUUUGAUCUUGGACUCGCAACUCCCGCGGGGCAUGGAAGGUGGAUUGGAGAAAUUACAAACUUUAGAAGACUCAAUGGUUCGGAGGAAGGAUACCACAGUAGAGGAAGAGAGAGGCAGGGCUCCCGUCUUCACCGUUCCAUUGUCAAAUAUUGAUAAUCUUAGAGAAGGUGAAAAUGCACAUUUUGAAGCGCGACUGACACCAACUGAUGAUCCGAACUUGAAAGUGGAAUGGUAUUGGAACGGAAAAUCACUUAAAGCUGGGUCGAGAUUUAGAACAUUCUGUGACUUUGGAUUCGUAAUUCUUGAAAUAUCUCCUACGUACCCUGAAGAUUCUGGAGAGUACUUAUGCAGAGCGUAUAACAAUUACGGAGAAGCUGUAACUACAGCUACAAUGAAGGUUCAAGGAAAACGCAAUAUUAUCUUAGAAUCUCAGUUACCCAAAGGUAUGGAGGGUACUAUUGAUAAAAUCGCAGCUCUUGAGGGAUAUACUGGGACUGUGGACUCUUUAACACCAGAAGCGGAGACUGGAAAUCCACCAGAAUUUAUUACAACUCCGUCUGAUCUUAUCUUAUCAGAAAAUUCAUCCGCUCACUUUGAAUGUCGCUUAAUUCCUGUAAAUGAUUCAAGUAUGAGAGUGGAGUGGUAUCAUAAUGGAAAACCACUUUUAACUGGAUCCAGAGUAAAGACCAUUAACGAUUUCGGAUUCGUUAUAUUAGAAAUUGGAGGAGUUUAUCAGCGUGAUGCUGGAUUAUACACUUGCAAAGCCACGAACCGCCAUGGUGAGGCUACUGUCUCCUGCAAACUUCAAGUUAAGGGUAGGCAAGGAAUUAUUUUAGAACCCCAAUUACCAUCUCACUUCAAAUCUGGUACGGAAAGUAUUCAAAAAUUAGAGGAGACCUUACACAAGAGAGAGGAAAUCGCAGUUGAAGAUGAAAAGCCUAAUCCACCGAGGUUUACUGUGGAAAUUAAAGAUAAUAUUGAUAUACCUGAAGGUGGACCGAUACAUUUCGAUUGCCGUGUAGAACCAAUAGGAGAUCCAACGAUGAGAAUAGAUUGGUUCUUCAAUGGAAGACCUUUUGCUACCGGAUCUCGCGUCCAUAUGCUAAAUGAUUUUGGUUUUAUUGCUUUGGACAUAGAUUACAUAUAUGCUCGUGAUGCAGGCGAGUAUACCUGUAGGGCUACCAACAAAUGGGGUUCAGCAACAACUACUGCUAAGAUCACUUGCAGCUCGAAACGUGAUAUCGUUUUAGAAUCACAAUUACCACAGGGCAUGAGCGGUGAGAAAAUUAAGGAACUAGAGAAAGGACGAGUGAGUUCCGCUCCUAAGGAGGAGCCAGUAGUUAGUACUCCUCCUAAAUUUAUUACACAGAUACAGUCACACACUGUUGAAGAAUCAGAAGGCGUGCGUUUCGAAUGCCGUGUUGAACCCAAAGAAGAUCCAAAACUGCGUAUAGAGUGGUAUCGCAAUGGCAAACUUUUGCCUUCUGGACAUAGAUACCGAACGGUCUAUGAUAUGGGCUUUGUUUCCCUUGAUAUUCUGUAUGUUUAUGCGGAAGACUCUGGCGAAUACGUUUGCCGAGCCGUUAAUGAUUUUGGUGAGGACUUUACUAAAGGAACAGUAUCCUGCAAACAAUUACCAGACAUUAUUCUACAAAACCAAGUACCCAGAGGUAUGAAGAGAUCCGAAGCACUAACUCAAAUGGAAGCUACAAUAAAGAAAUAUACAUCGGAAAUAUACUUAACUGAAGAUGAUCUAUACGAUGUUGAUAAGAAACAACCACCGCGGUUCGUCACACAGAUUCAGAGUCAGACAACUUUGGUAGAAAUGGAAUCUACGAAGUUCGAAUGUCAGUUGGCUCCAGUGGGAGAUCCUAAUAUGAAAGUAGAGUGGUUCUUCAAUGGCAAGCCGUUGUUGCACAAGAAUCGUUUCACACCCAUUUACGACUUCGGUUAUGUGGCCAUGAACUUUGGCUGGGUUUAUCCGGAGGAUAGCGGCGAAUACGUCUGCCGUGCGACCAACCUUUACGGAAUGGACGAAACCAGAGCUGUUAUAAAAACAGCUGGUAAACCGGGCAUCGUAUAUGAUUCGCAGUUACCUAAACACAUGAAGAGUAUUGAAAAGAUUAGGGAGAUGGAGGCAUCAUGGCAAGUAGCACCAGAACAAGCAGUGGAUGAGACAAAGGCCCGAUCAGCGCCAGUGUUCGUGAGUCGACCUGAGCCCGUAACCGUAGAAGAGGGCGAAUGGGCUCGAUUCUGCUGCCGUGUCACUGGUCAUCCUAAACCACGCGUAAUGUGGCUCAUUAACGGAAAUACCAUAGUUAAUGGUUCUAGGUAUAAACUUAUAUAUGAUGGAAUGUAUCACUUUGAUAUACCAAAGACCAGACAGUAUGAUACUGGCAAAAUAGAAGUAAUCGCCAGGAGUUCGGUAGGUGAGGCAUUAGCCACCACCGAACUAAAAGUCAUUCCUAGACACGACGACUAUAGAGGAGUAUUGAAAAAUGCCCCAAGACCUUGGUAUGAUGAGAUCUCUCAGUAUCAACGCUCUGAAACCGAGCUGGAAAAAACAUUCGAGGAAAGGCAAACCAUGCAACGCCAGGGCGUUAUCGACCAUAGGCCUGAGUUGAAAGCUAAAGUAGUAAAAGAACCCGAAACUGAAUGGCAACAAACUGUCAAGAAGAAGAAGAGUGAGGAAUAUUAUAACAAACUUCAAGAGUUAGAAAACGAACAAGUCAUCAAGGAGAGUAGAUUAAGGGAAUCAACUCACCAAUAUGCUAUUCCUGGUGAGAAAAUCGCUAGCAGUUCUCUAGCUAAAGGCAUGGCCCAAAAAUAUGAAAGUAGUAUCGAACAAAACGAGGAAGUAGUUGAACAACAAGUACAAAAGAAAGUUGCUCAGAAGCCAAGAAUACCCGAUCCAUCUGAGUCUACUGUUCAUGGCAAAGAAGUUCAUGUUGCAAAACAAAAACAAGUUCAAAAAGAGGUAGUAGGUGAUACAGAAAUUACCCGCAAAAUUACUUCCACUGAAACAACUGAAGUCGAGCAUAAAGCUCAAACACAUGAAAGAGUAGUAGAGGGUCCUGUGAAGCCUAGCAAACCACCCAUAUUUACUAAAAAGAUGCAACCUUGUCGUGCUUUUGAACAUGAACAAGCACGAUUCGAAGUUGAAUUCGAUGGAGACCCAUUACCAACUAUCAAAUGGUACAGAGAAAACUUCCCUAUAAAGAAUUCUAAAGAUUUCCAAAUUCAUACUUUUAGCACGAAAUCAGUUCUUAUUAUCCGACAAGUAUUUAUUGAGGACUCAGCCGUAUUUGCCGCAGUUGCAGAAAACCGAGGGGGUACUGCUAAAUGCAGUGCUAAUUUAGUCGUAGAAGAACGUAGAAGACAAGGCAGAGGUGGCGUUGUACCUCCCAGUUUUACUUUAACGGCUCAAAAUGUUAAUGUAACAGCUGGCCAAUUAGUUAGGUUUGACACAAAGGUAACAGGAACUAAACCUAUUGAUGUUUAUUGGUUAAAGAAUGGAAAGAAAGUACAACCUGACAUAAGAAACAAGAUUCUGGAAGAAGAUGGAACUUAUACACUUCUUAUUCUUGAAGCCUAUCCACAGGAUUCUGGUAAAUACGAAUGUGUAGCUAUCAACAGCGCUGGUGAAGCGCGAUGUGACGCGGAAUGUUCUGUCAAUGCUCCUGCAACAAAAGAUAAACCGAAACCUCAAACAAAGGCUGCAGCCAACGCUCCUCCGGAAAUUAUCGAACCAUUGAAAGACAAAGUUGUAACUGAGGGGCAGGCCAUAGAAUUCAGCUGUAAAAUUGUUGGCAAACCUACACCUACUGUGCAAUGGUACAAAGGUGAUAAACUAAUUAAACCAUCAAAAUACUUCCAAAUGUCGAGAACUGCCGAUGAGUAUACUCUGCGUAUAUUGGAAGCUUUCCCCGAGGACGAGGGUGACUAUAAAUGUGUUGCUUAUAAUUCUGGGGGCCGUGUGACGGUCGCUGCAAAACUGAGGGUAUCUCAGCCAGAUCAGGCGGAUAACUUACCAACUCUCACGCCACUUCGUGAUGUUGUGGUGUAUGAAGGGCAACCGGCUCAGUUCAAAACUCAUAUAACCAGCAAAACCAAACCUACUAUACAGUGGCUGCGUGAAGGUGCUCUUAUUCCUGAGACACCUGACUUCCAAAUGAUUCACGAAGGCAACAACGCCGUGCUGCUGAUCGGCAAUACGUACGAGGAGGACACGGGAACAUUCACAUGCCGUGCUACUACCGUCGCCGGCCAAGUCGAGACUUCGGCAAAACUAACCGUCAAAAGAUCCAGAAAAUUCAGUUCUCAAAAGAACCUUCAAGAAAAAACAGAAGUUGAUAUUUACAGUUCGAAAGAAAAUAACAUAUCAUCCAGCAGUACGUCAUACCAAACUACAGAAGAUAUAAAUAUUUUAAAAGUACAAAACCUACAAGAAGUGGAAUCAAGUAAACGGACCACAACAGUACCGUGGCGUAGAAGAAGUCAAACAGAUACAGUAGACGUGACAACAGAAGACAAAUUGGAGGUUAAACAUUGGAGGAAACCCCGUCAAGAUCAAAAAACUAUUCAACAAACCGUUAGUUCAGAGGAAUCCAAUAUUUUGUCUAUACAGAGUCAAGAGACUAUUGAAUCUGAUAAAAUUAGCGAAGAAAUUAGCCAUCAAGAAAUUUCUGAAGUAAAACACUGGAGAAAACCAAAACUAGAUAAAAAAGUAAUUACUGAUGACAGCAGUAUAUUAAAAUUACAAACAAAUGAAGUUUCAGAUGAAAAAACUACUAAAGAAAUACUGGAAACUAAAUCUUGGAGAAAACCACGCAGUGAAAAACCAUCUUUCUUAGAGAAGAAAGUAGAUACAGAAGAUUCAGAAAUGAUUGAUAUAAUUAAAUCUGAGUCGAUAGAUGAGCAAAAAAGUCUUGAAGUUAAACAUUGGAGAAAACCUAGACAGGAAGAUAAACCUAAAUCAAUUGAAACACAACUGCUAACAGAAGACACAUCUAUAUUAGACGUAAAUAGGUCUGAAGUAUUAGAUGAAUCGACAAAGAAUUUAGAAAUAAAACAUUGGCGAAAGCCUAGACAACCAGAAAAGAAAGAAACCACUCCAUGGAAUCAAGAAAAUAUCAAACUACGACCAACAAAAGUAGAAAAAAUACCAAUUGUAAAAGAAAAAUUAGAAGAUGUCACUCUGAAACAAGUAAGGAAAAGUUCCAUUCAAAAGUUAGAAACUAUAGAGGUUAUUGAAGAAUCAUUAACACGUGAAGAAGAUACAGUAAUUUUAAAAAUUACUGAAGAUACUGACGUUUCUUAUGAACCACAGAAACCAGAACAACAAAAGUUUAGGCAGCAACAAAAACCUAUUCAAGACAGUCAACCAGAAGAGCUGAAAUGGUUAUCUGGUAAGAGACAUAUAAAAGAAGAAGAUCUAAAGGAUGAAGUUAAUCUAAAACCGAUUACGAAACCUAAAGUAGAAAAAUUGCAAGAACAAAUACCAGAAGAAUUACAGCUCAAACCAGUAUUAAAACAAAAAUCCGUGGAAGAGAUACAAUCCGAAGAAGAACUAAAAGAAGAAGUUGUACUUAAACCUAUUCCUAAACAGAAAGCAUCAAUAACAGAAGAAAAACUUGAAGAAAUUGUAUUAAAACCCGUGAAGAAACAAAAAGUUGUAGACGAAACUCAACCAGAUGAAGUAAAAUGGCCAACUGGAAAACGACGUCCAAAAGAAGAAGAACCAAAGGAGGAAGUCAUACUCAAACCCAUUCCAAAACCGAAAGCAUCUGAAGAACAAAAACCUGAAGAAGUUAUCUUAAAGCCUAUUUCCAAACCUAAAGCUCCCGAAGAUGAAAAAGUAGAGGAAGUUCAGUUCAAACCAGUAGUAAAAGAAAAAACUACAGAAGAGGUAAAGUCUGAAGAAGUAAGUUGGCGAACCGGUAAAAGGCAACCGAAAGAAGAGGAACCAAAAGAAGAAGUAGUACUCAAACCUAUUCCUAAACAAAAAGCACAAGCAAAAACAGAAGAAAAACUCGAGGAAGUUAAUUUGAAACCAAUAAAGAAACAGAAACCUGUAGAAGAAAUACAACCUGAAGAAGUUAAAUGGCCAACAGGCAAAAGGCGGCCAAAAGAAGAAGAACCAAAGGAUGAAAUUAUUCUAAAACCCAUUCCUAAACCAAAAGCACCUGAAGUACAAAAACCAGAAGAAGUACAAUUCCAAACAGAUAUAAAACAAAAGCCCCUAGAAGAGACUCAGUCCAAAGAAGUAAGUUGGAGAACUGGCAAAAGACGACCAAAAGAAGAAGAGCCGAAGGAAGAAGUUGUACUAAAACCUAUUCCGAAGUCUAAAGCUUCUGAAGAAGAAAAACCAGACGAAGUGCAAUUAAAACCUGUGAAAAAACAAAAACCUGAAGAGGAACUGAAGGAAGAAGUUAUACUAAAACCUAUUCCGAAACCUAAGGCGCCUGAAGAAGAAAAACCAGAAGAAGUUCAACUGAAACCAGUGAAGAAACAAAAACCUGUAGAAGAGAUUCAACCUGAAGAAGUUAAAUGGCCAACAGGUAAAAGGCGACCAAAGGAAGAUGAACCGAAGGAAGAAGUUGUACUAAAACCUAUUCCGAAGCCCAAAGCUCCUGAAAAAGAAAAACCGGAAGAAGUUCAACUAAAACCAGUGAAGAAACAAAAACCUGUAGAAGAGGUUCAACCUGAAGAAGUUAAAUGGCCAACAGGCAAAAGACGGCCACAGGAAGAGGAACCGAAGGAAGAAGUUGUACUAAAACCUAUUCCGAAGCCUAAAGCUCCUGAAGAAGAAAAACCGGAAGAAGUACAACUGAAACCUGUGACGAAACAAAAACCUGUAGAAGAGGUUCAACCUGAAGAAGUUAAAUGGCCAACAGGUAAAAGGCGACCAAAGGAAAAGGAACCGAAGGAAGAAGUUGUACUAAAACCUAUUCCGAAAACUAAGGCGCCUGAAGAAGAAAAACCAGAAGAAGUGCAACUAAAACCUGUAAAGAAACAAAAACCUGUGGAAGAGGUUCAACCUGAAGAAGUUAAAUGGCCGACAGGUAAAAGGCGAACAAAGGAAGAGGAACCGAAGGAAGAAGUUACACUAAAACCUAUUCCGAAACCUAAAGCUCCUGAAGAAGAAAAACUAGAAGAAGUGCAACUAAAACCUGUGAAGAAACAGAAACCUGUGGAAGAGGUUCAACCUGAAGAAGUUAAAUGGCCAACAGGUAAAAGGCGACCAAAGGAAGAUGAACCGAAGGAAGAAGUUAUACUAAAACCAAUUCCGAAGCCCAAAGCUCCUGAAGAGGAAAAACCAGAAGAAGUGCAACUAAAACCUAUAAAGAAACAAAAACCUGUGGAAGACAUUCAACCUGAAGAAGUUAAAUGGCCAACAGGUAAAAGACGACCAAAGGAAGAGGAACCGAAGGAAGAAGUUGUACUAAAACCUAUUCCGAAGCCUAAAGCUCCUGAAGAAGAAAAACCAGAAGAAGUUCAACUGAAACCUGUGAAGAAACAAAAACCUGUAGAGGAGGUUCAACCUGAAGAAGUUAAAUGGCCAACAGGUAAAAGGCGACCAAAGGAAGAGGAACCGAAGGAAGAAGUUGUACUAAAACCUAUUCCGAAGCCUAAAGCUCCUGAAGAAGAAAAACCAGAAGAAGUUCAACUGAAACCUGUGAAGAAACAAAAACCUGUAGAAGAGGUUCAACCUGAAGAAGUUAAAUGGCCAACAGGUAAAAGGCGACCAAAGGAAGAGGAACCGAAGGAAGAAGUUGUACUAAAACCUAUUCCGAAACCUAAGGCGCCUGAAGAAGAAAAACCGGAAGAAGUACAACUGAAACCUGUGAAGAAACAAAAACCUGUAGAAGAGGUUCAACCUGAAGAAGUUAAAUGGCCAACAGGUAAAAGGCGACCAAAGGAAGAGGAACCGAAGGAAGAAGUUGUACUAAAACCUAUUCCGAAACCUAAGCCGCCUGAAGAAGAAAAACCAGAAGAAGUGCAACUAAAACCUGUGAAGAAACAAAAACCUGAAGAGGAACCGAAGGAAGAAAUUACACUAAAACCUAUUCCGAAACCUAAAGCUCCUGAAGAAGAAAAACUAGAAGAAGUGCACCUAAAACCUGUGAAGAAACAGAAACCUGUGGAAGAGGUUCAACCUGAAGAAAUUAAAUGGCCAACAGGUAAAAGGCGACCAAAGGAAGAGGAACCGAAGGAAGAAGUUGUACUAAAACCUGUUCCGAAACCUAAGGCGCCUGAAGAAGAAAAACCGGAAGAAGUACAACUGAAACCUGUGAAGAAACAAAAACCUGUAGAAGAGGUUCAACCUGAAGAAGUUAAAUGGCCAACAGGCAAAAGACGACCAAAGGAAGAGGAGCCGAAGGAAGAAGUUGUACUAAAACCUAUUCCGAAGCCUAAAGCUCCUGAAGAAGAAAAACCAGAAGAAGUUCAACUAAAACCAGUGAAGAAACAAAAACCUGUAGAAGAGAAACAGAAACCUGUAGAAGAGGUUCAACCUGAAGAAGUUAAAUGGCCAACAGGUAAAAGGCGACCAAAGGAAGAGGAACCGAAGGAAGAAGUUAUACUAAAACCUAUUCCGAAGCCUAAAGAGCCUGAAGAAGAAAAACCUGAAGAAAUUGUCACAGAGCCUAUAAUGGCUAAAGUAGAAAAAGUAGAGAAGACUAAGAAAAAGACUAAAAAACAAAAAUCUUCAGAAGAAGAAAUAGUGAUUGAAGAGAUUUCUAUUGAUCAGCCAGAUAAAAUAGAACCAACGGUUGAGGAAACAGAAGAAAUUACGACAAUAGUUACGAAACACAAGAAAGAAGUUAAGAAAAUGAAAAAGGGACAUGACAAAGAAGUGGGACCAAUCAUUAUUAAACCGAUAAUGGCAAAAACUGUAAAAGAAAACAGUGAUUUUGAGAUUGUGGUUACAUUUGAUGCAGAAGGUGAUAAUAAAAUUAAAUGGUAUCGUAAUAAUCAACUUCUUGACACAAAUGAUAAUUGUUGCAUAGUAACUGAAAAUGGUGCAUCGCGCUUGAGAAUAACUAAUGCAGAUAAGAAACAAGUUGGAAAGUAUGAAGUGGUCGUUGAAAGAAAUAACAUGAUUGCUAAAUCUGCAAGUUCUAUUAAAUUACUUAAAGAUUCAGAUGAAAGUCAAAUAACGCCACCUGUUUUUAUAAGACCGCUUCGUCCCAAAGAAGUUUAUGUAGGCGAUAUAGUAUUGUUAGAAACAGAGGUCGUUUCUAAUCCAAGUGCUUCAUUUCAAUGGUUUAUUGAUACAAAAGAAGUUACUUCGUAUGUUAAGGAAAAUAAAAUCAAUAAUAUAUAUGUUACAACAAAAGAUAACAUAUCAUGCCUUUGCAUUGAAGAUAUAAGCAAAGAAUUAGUAGGAAUUAUUACUUGUAGAGCCGAAAAUUUUGCGGGAUCUGUUUCAAGUUCAGCUUCACUUUUACUAGCAAAGCAUGAAAAGGAACAAAAUGGGGAAGCGCCAACCGUUGUAAAAUCUUUAAGUUCUAUUACGGUAAUGGAUGGAGAACCGAUAACACUGACAUGUGAAAUUAUAGGAGAGCCUUGGCCAAAAAUUGAUUGGUAUCGUAAUGAGGAGUCUAUUCAAAAAGCGAGAGACAUAACAAUUGCAAGACAAGAAUCAGGUUUAUGCGAAUUGUAUAUCAGAGAAGCCUUUCCAGAAAUGACAGGGAAAUAUACGUGCGUAGCUACAAAUGAAUACGGCAGUUGUAACAGCGAAUGUAUAGUAAAUGUUGAAGCAUAUGAAUACGUGGCGAGCGCUUCAGAAGAAGAUAUAUUAAGCGAUGACAAAACUAGUGACAUAGAAGAGUUUGCACCACGCAUUGUAAAGGCAUUGCCAACUGUAGUAACUACUACCGAAGGACAAUUAACGAGAUUGGAAGCCAAAGCUAUAGGUGUUCCGAAACCUCAAAUAAGAUGGAUGAAACAAGGUGUUGAAAUUAUACAGUCUCAAGAAUAUCAGAUAGAGGAGAUGGAAGAUGGAACAUCUAUUUUGAUUAUCCCUGAAGUGUACCAAGACGAUACGGGAGAAAUAAUAUUUGAAGCAUUUAAUCCAUUGGGAGUAACAGCUACAAUCGCUGCUUUGUCUGUAGAAAGUAUCAUUGGUACAAAGGAAUACAGAAAGCCUGAAUGGGUUACUCAUAUGGAAGAAUUGCAGGCUGCUCUAAAAGCAACGCAAUCUGUCCCAACAUUUGUAAAGGAUAUAAUGGGUGAACGAGUUCAUGUAGAGGAAGCUGUGGUAUUUGAAGCUGUCUAUAGCGGCAACCCAACUCCAGAAAUAUUGUGGUAUAAGGAUGAUAAAGUUAUAAGAACUGAUGAGCGGUAUAUAGUUGAAAAUAUAGAUAAUCGUACUACAUGCACUGUAAGAAAAGCUUCGAAGGAGUUAGAAGGAACUUACACAUGUAAAGCCGUUAGUGAAAUUGGUAUGGCAUUAACUAAAGCUAAACUACAAGUAUUUGAUGAAGGAGAAAAAAUAAAGAAAGUAAAAGAAGUCAAAGAGAAAAUAAAGUUAGAAAAAGUAAAGAAAACAGAAAAGGAGGUAGUUAAAAAAGAAAAAGCUAAACAAAUAACAGAAGAUGUAGAAUCUGCUACGGUAACGGAAGAAGUACAAUCAAUUGUUGAACCAGUACCAAUUAAAAAGAUUGAUAAAGAGAAAGCUAAAGUUAUAGUAAGUGAAGCGGAGCAUGUGGAAACCACGGAUAUUGCAUCUUAUAAGAAGGUGGAUAAAAAAGAAACAUCAAGACCAAAACCAGAAAAGGGAGAACCUGUUGUAACACCACACGACUACUUAGUAUCCUCGCAACAACCGAAAGAAGAAACUGUUGAACUCUUUGAAGAAACUCCACAUGAAAAACAAAAGGGCAUAAUAAAAAUGGUUGAAAAAGAUACGAGAGCAGUAGCAGAAAUAAACGAGUUGUUAGAAGUUAUUAAUGCAAAAGAAUUUGGUCCCGGAGAAUCCCCACUUCGGGAAUUGGCAAAAAUUGGAUAUAUGUUGCGAAGUGGUUUAACAACUGAGGAAAUCGAAAGUCUAUAUGAUUCACAAUAUUUCCCAUCUUUGCGUGUACCACAAUCACAAUCGGCUUUAGUUCAAUUAGUAGAGCGUCAAGGACACGGCGCACUUAUUACCGAAGUACUUACUGAGGAAACCGCUCAAGAUGAAGACAUUAUUGCUGCAAAGGUUGGAUUCCGUGCGUUUUUGAAAAUGGUAGAGAUGAAACAUACUUCUGUUGAAGAAGUUAUUGCUCACUUCUACCCAGAAGACUUUAAACCACGUUCCUGGGAACAGAGAGAAGCAUUUCAGACUAUCGUGGAAUCUUCAGCUGAACAUUUAGCAGAGACACAUGUUACGGAAGUUAUAAAAGAUACAUCAACAGUGAUACAAGAGCGCGAAACUAAAGAUGUGAAAGAAAAAGAUAAGACCAAACGCAAAAAACAUUCGAAGCAGAAAAAUGAAUCGGAGAUAAAUGAAAUUGAAGAAGAAAUCGUGAUGGAGAAGACUGCGAAAUUGAAAACACUUCACCCUAAAGAAAAAAUGGAAGUUUACGACGAGGAUGAAACUAGAUCACUUGAUAAUGAAAACAUACCUUACAUCUCUACAAUAGCCACAGAUAUUCACGAAAAUAAAAUAGAAGUUAUUUCUGCUAGCGAAGUAACACAUAUUGUGUCCGGUAAAAUUGAGGAUGUAACUGCAAACCUUAAAGUUGACACUAAUUAUCCGCUUAUUAGUGAUAUACAACAGACUCAAGAAAAAGAAACCCCAUUACUUGUAAAAGAAAAUACUAAGAUACUUAUUAAGCCAUCGCUAUCAGAAAUAGAGCCUUUGCAGAUAACAGAAAUAGAAGUAAGUGGAUCUGUGGAUGAAUACCAUACAAGCAAAUCAAAACUUGAGAAUAAGGCUAACAAAGGUAUAAUAUCUGUAGAAAGUCUCGUAACAUCAGAAAUACUAACGAAUAUUGCUGUUGGUGACUUAAAAAGAGAAGAAAAACAUUUAGAGACUGCAAAAACAGGUAUGAUUUUAAAAGAUGCGCUUAAUAUAUCAGAGCAUAUAACUUCUGUAAAUGAGGAACCCUUAGAAGAUACACAUGUUAAAAAAUCAAGUGCAUCAAUAUCUUUUACUCCCUUGUUAGGACUAACCGUUUCAGAAGUAACAGAUGAAAUUAAAGAAAGCGAAGUAGAUUUAACUGGAAAAGAAAAAGAAGUAACAUCAAAACUAAACUUUAAUUUAUUAGAAUCCAUUGAAGUAGGAGAAGUCUUUGUAGAAGAUAAAUCUGGGAAGUAUUAUCCAGAAUUGAUUGUACCCACGGAAACUGCCCGAAAAGAUGUACUAGUUUCUAAUCAAAUAGUAACAGAAGUGCACGACGUCCAGGAAAAAGAAGGUUCAUUGUCAGCUUUAAAAUUACCACCAACUCAAGAAGCAAAUGUAGAUAUUACAUCUAAAGAUAGUAUAGUAAUAUCUAUUAAAGAAUUUCAUGAAAAAGAAGAAGAACUUCCAGUUGCAGAAUUGCCUACUGAGCUUACUGUUGGAAAAGAUCUCUUGUUACAUACUAGUUUAAGCAAUUCUAUAACAACUUCUCACAUUAAGGAAACUGAAUUUAUUCCUGAAUCAUUUUCUAGCAAAAAAGCUUCCAUUGGAGUGAAUGAACUUCAACACACUUUCAACUUAGAAACAAACACGCAUGAUUCAGAAACAAUAUUUGAAGAAGGGAAAUUUGCCCCUACUUUACAAGCUGAAAUAUCUAUAUCUUUAUUAGACAAGCAUAUUACUGAAGAAGUUCAAGUAAAUGAGACAGAAAAAGACCUUGUUGUUAAAGAUGACAAAACUUCUGCUGUAGCUGAUGUAGACAUAAAAGCUAUCGAAACUAUAAUAACUGCUGAAACAUUACAUUUGACUUCAACGGGCGAUCUUAAAACUGUGGAUAAAGUAACAGAUGAAUCGGCUACAGAAACUGUUAUUACAGCUAGUGCCAAAAUUAUAACCUCACCAAUGGUACAUGACCAAGAAAUAUCAGAGGAGUACUCAACUAGAAAACCAGAAAAUAUAACUGCAUCAUUAAUUCCCAAUAUCCCAUUAACAGUUUCAGAAAUCGAGUCGUCGGAAUCUGAAAAUAAGCUUAGUUUGAAUAAAAUACCUGAUUUAACAACUGCAAAACCGUCGCCAACACAUCAUCUUAAAACUCCCGUAUCACAAGAAGUUACUACUGCUGAUCAAAUAGAUUUUAUGAAUUUGCCACAAAAUAUAACAGAAGUAGCAUCAAAGCAACAAGACCUACAUAAAGAAAUAACAAUUCUCCAAACAAACGUAGAAGAGCAGCUACUAAAAUUAGAGGAUAAGCAAACAUCUGAGGGUAAAGCUAUUUCUACAUUUAUUGGUCGAGAAAGUUUGAACGUAACUGAAAUAAUAUCCAGCAUGACUGAGGAAAGCUUUGAAGGAGAUAAACCAAAGCUUAGUACUUUUGCAAAAGUUGAUAUUGAUACGGAUCACAAAGUUGCUCUGGUUUCUGAAGUAAACACGCGGGAUGCUCUAAAUAAAUUAGAUAUUUUAAAACCAAACAUGGAAGAAGCUAACAUAACAUCCAACACCAUGACUUCAGUUCAAAUAACUGAAAAUAAGAUAUUGGAUAGCCAAGCCAAUUUAGCCAAUGAUUUUAAACCAGAUAAAAAGACUAUAAAAGCUGAAAUUAUUCCAACGGAGGAAACCUUGAAUGUUACCGAAAUUAUACAACAUGAAAAGGAAUCUGAUUAUGACAAUAAAAUAUCCCCAGAAAGUUUUCAGGCUACAACCGAUAUUAUUGGGCGUCCAGUAGCAAUUUUAUCUGAAUUAAUAGUAGAUUCCAGUGUUGGUGUUACAGAAAACGAAGAUUUUAUUAAUAAAUCUAAAACAGCAACUAUUGAAAAUGUGGCUCACAAAGAAUUAAUAGUAAGUACUACAGAAUUUAAUGAAAAGGAAUCUACUUUAGAGUCUACAACAAAACCAAAUACUGCGGCGGCAUCAUUUAGUGUAGAUUCCGCUCAAGCUAUAAUUGUAGAAGAAAACAAACCUGAAAUUUCAGCUGGAACAUUUAAAACGGGAAGUGAUAUUUUAUUAGUUAAAGCAAAGGAAGCUACUUUAACUAAAGAAGCCAUUACUCAAGAAGAAACAAUCGUGCACGCAUCAGAAGGUAUACUCGCAACAAAAGAAGAUGUUAAUGAAACAAAACCAACUGUCUCAUUAACAACAUUACAAGCCCCACAAUACGACGAAAAAAUAACAAUAGAAAGUGAAAAUAUAUUUAUGGUCCCGCUAGCACCAGACCAACAAAAAGCAGAUUUUACAAUAUUGGCUCGGCAUGGCUUGCAGACAACAGAGACUAUAUCACAAUCGGAAAACCUAGAAAAUGCCAAUGAACUUGAAAUGCGAUAUAAAACAGCUUCCCAAAAAAUAGAUGAAAUCUAUGGGAAAACUGCUCAUACUGAGGAAAUUAUUACCAGUCAAACAACAUCUGAUUUUAGUAACGAGAAAAUGGUUGAACAGAAAUCUAAUAUUACUUCUAUUACGUCACAUACUUUCGAACAAACUGAAGUUGUGACUGCAGAGAAAGAAAUUAUUAUUCCUGAACGAACUCAGAUAAAAUCAAAUGUUGUACCAGAUUUUACUGAAACAGAAGCAAUUAUUACAAGUUGUGUAGAAACUAUAGACAAAGAAAAAGAAUUUGAUGGUAAAUUUUCUGUACCUACCCAGGAUGCUUCUGUGCAAUUUGUCCCACUCAACAGCACUAUCGAUACUGAAAUUUUGACUACUGGUAGUGUAACUGAUUAUACGGAAAAAUCUUUAAAACCAUCGCAAGCAACAUUAACACGUGACGAUUUGCAAAAACAUAUACAGAAUAUUGAAGUGUUACAUGGUGAAAAAGAAUCUGAUUUCUCAGAAUUUAAGAAAGAAGUAUAUUCAGCUACCCAGAAACUUGUAGAAACAUCUGCAAAACAAAUUACUGAAGUUCAAGCAAUAGAAAAUGAAAAGGAAUUAAGUGACACAUUUGAAAUACUAAGCACAAACGCACACCCGUCAUUUAAAGAACAGCAAUCAUUAUUAAAUACAGAAGUUAUAUUGACUCACGAAAGUGAAGAUUUACAUGUUUCUGGAAAAAACUUAAUCAAUGCACUUACAACUCAUGGAAUACAAGAAGCCAUUCAAAAAUCAGAACCAUUUAUUGGAGAGGUUGAAGAUACUUUUAGAAGAGAAAAACCACAAGAAAAAACUUCAAAGGGUAAUGUAGAAGAACAAAAGUCACUUGAUAUAACAGAGAUAGUAAUUACUGAAUCUGAAUUACCACUAGAAAAUAGCUUAGUACUGAAAAAAGAGACAUUAAAGUCACAAGUCGAAAACAAGCAUUACAUUGAUAUUUCAGAAAUUAUGACAAAUGAAAAGGAAGAGGUAUUCCAACCUUUAGACAAAUUUCCAGAAGGUAAGUCAAUUCAACCAACGCCGAACAUAACACUACAUUCUAGUAUUGGUGUAAAGGAAACCAUUCCAAGUGAAGAAGAAAGCACAUUAUAUUCUACUAUUGACGUCAAAUCUCAACAAGCUGGUUUUCUGAUUGAAUCACAACAACACAUUACAAUAACUGACACAGUGGCAAGAGAAAAAGAAGACUUAUUGAAAUCCGAAAUUAUGCCAAUUACUACGAAACAGAACAUUGACAUAAAAACUGCUCAUCAUGUAACUACUACUGAAACUAUAUUAAUAGAAGAUGGGGCUGAUUUAGUUAAUAAUAAACUCAUUAAGGAUGAAAUAGCACAAAAAUCUGAUAUUCUAACAGAAGCCAUUAACAAUGAACAACAACAAAUAAUUGAAAGUGUUAACUUAUUCACUACAACAUUUAAACCAGAAACUUCACUUGCUAAUCAAGAUAUCGUUGACUUUAAGCCUGUUGAACAAACAGAAAUAAUUACAGAGGAAACUCCUGAGACAUUUACUAAAUUCUCACCCAAAGAUGAAAAGGCAUUACAAACACAUACAACUGUUAAAGAAAUCGUUAAUACCCAACCACAUGUGAUAGAAAGUACUACAACAUUGACAACUACCUUCGAGCCUGAAACUUUACUUGCUAGUCAAGAUAUCGUUGAUUUUAAGCCCGUAGAACAAACAGAAAUUACUACAGAGGAAACCCCUGAACUGUUCACAAAAUUCUCACCUAAAGAUGAAAAAGCAUUGCAAACGCAUACAACCGUUAAAGAAAUUGUUAAUACCCAACCACAUGUGAUAGAAAGUACUACAACGUUGACAACAACAUUUGAGCCUGAAACCUUACUCGCUAAUCAAGAUAUUGUUGACUUUAAGCCCGUAGAACAAACAGAAAUUACUACAGAGGAAAUACCUGAACUAUUUACAAAAUUCUCACCCAAAGAUGAAAAGGCUUUGCAAACACAUACUACCGUUAAAGAAAUAGUUAACAUUCAACCACAAGUCAUAGAAAGCACUACAAAUUUAACGACUACUUAUGAACCCGAAAAAUCACUAGCUAAUCGAGAUUUUAUUGAUUUUAAACCUUUUGAACAAACAGAAAUUAUUACAGAGGAAAUUCCAGAAUUAUUCACUAAAUUCUCACCCAAAGAUGAAAAGGCUGUAAAAACACAUACAACUGUUAAAGAAAUAAUUAGUACUCAACCACAAGUAAUAGAGAGUACUGAAAAGUUAACAACUACUUAUGAGACAGAAACAUCUCUAGCUAGUCAAGAUAUAGUUGACUUUAAACCCGUAGAACGAACAGAAAUCACUACAGAAGAAAUACCUGAACUUUUCACGAAAUUCUUACCCAAAGAUGAAAAAGCAUUGGAAACACACACAACUGUUAAAGAAAUAAUUAACACCCAACCACAAGUCAUAGAAAGUACUACAAAAUUAACAACUACUUAUGAACCUGAAAAAUCACUAGCUAAUCAAGAUAUCGUAGAUUUUAAGCCAGUCGAACAAACAGAAAUUAUUACAGAGGAAACUCCUGAAUUAUUUACAAAAUUCUCGCCCAAAGAUGAAGUAGCAUUACAAACACACACAACUGUUAAAGAAGUAGUGAAUAUCCAACCUCAAAUAAUAGAGAGUACUACAAAAUUGUUUACUACUUAUGAUACUGAAACAUCACUAGCUACCCAAGAUAUCAUAGAUUUCAAACCUUUCGAACAAACAGAAAUUAUUACAGAGGAAAAUCCUGAACUAUUCACAAAAUUCUUACCUAAAGAUGAAAAGGCUGUAAAAACACAUACAACUGUUAAAGAAAUAAUUAGUACUCAACCACAAGUAAUAGAGAGUACUGAAAAGUUAACAACUAGUUAUGAGACAGAAACAUCACUAGCUAGUCAAGAUAUAGUUGACUUUAAACCCGUAGAACAAACAGAAAUCAUUACAGAAGAAAUACCCGAACUUUUCACGAAAUUCUUACCCAAAGAUGAAAAAGCAUUGGAAACACACACAACUGUUAAAGAAAUAAUUAACACCCAACCACAAGUCAUAGAAAGUACUGCAAAUUUAACUACUACUUAUGAACCUGACACAAGUAAGAUAAAUUAUGAAUUAGAAUUACAUAAAAGUUAUAUUACCAUAGAAAAUAAUGUACAAGAAAUACCUGAAGCAAUGGUAAGUCAUGAAGGCCAACGUAAAACUGCUGAUAAACAAAUUAUAGAAAUUAAACCUUUAGAACAAACCGAAGUCAUAACAGAGGAAAAGCUAGCCAGUUUCUUGGAAAAUAUACCUGAACGAAAAGAAAAAGCUGAAGAAAGUCAUAUAAUAUUACAAGAAAUAUCUAGUGAAAGACCAGAAGUGCUCGAAAAUAUUAUAGAUAUGCCAGAAUUGUUGAAAACUGAUACAAACAUGGCGUCUUUAGAUCUUGAAACACAUAAAAGUUAUAUAGUUACAGAAAACAUAACGAACGAGGAAUCAAAGGACAUCGCAACAGAAGGUAAUAAAUUGAGACAAGUCACACAACAUGUUCUAGAUAAUAAGCCACUAGAACAAACUGAAAUUAUAACCGAAGAAAACACUUCACAUAUUAAUGCACUUUCAUUUAAAGAGUCCACUGUUCUACCAAAACCUAUUGAAAUUCUUCCUAUUAGUCAAACUGAUGUAAUUGUACAUGAAAGUGAAAUUGAAUCUUCAUUUGAUAAAGGCGGCACUUUGGAACAAGCACUAUCAACAUUUAGUACUACUGAAGGUUAUACAGUAUAUGAAGUAACACAUGAAGAUACACAGGACAGUCUAGUACCACAUGAGAGCAAACUAGUAACUGCGGAUAAAUCUGUUACUCCAUUAACACAUGUACAAUGCACAGAAAAUAUAUUACAAACUCAUGUUGAUGAAUUGCAAACACAAGAGACACAAACUAAGACCUCAACUAUAACACCUACUAGUAUAAUACCUUUAGUAGUCACAGACAAUAUUAUACUCCAAAACGAAAAUGAGUUACAUAUAAAAGAACCCAAGGAACAGAAACUGAGACAAGGCGUGAACGUAACAAAUGAACUCGAAGUAACAUCCGAGUUUGUUGAUGAACAAAUAUCACCUUACUCUGAAACUCAACCUACAUUUAUGACAAGCAAGGUCACUACCACUGACGAGCGACAGUCCGAAGUAUUGAUUUCAGAACAAGAUGUAAGAAUAAGUGAAAAAUCAAAAAUUUCUCCAAAAUCAUCUGACACUGAAGAAACUGAAGAGAUAGUGACUAAAUUUGUACAAGCUCCAGGAAAUGGAGAACCAAUACAAAUUAAAACAAAGCGUACCAUUAUAAGAAAAACCAAAAAGAAAGGAAACAAAGAUAUUGUUGAAGGAGAUAUAGUCAUAGAGGAAAGAAUCGAUGACGAUGAUAAAAAACAAUCAGAACAAAAAAUUAGUCAUGAAGUAAAUAUUGAGGAAUACGAAGGAGAUGAGACUAUAAUAGAAGACUCCGAAAAAAGUACAAUUGAAUUACCUGAAGAACCUAUACAUAUUUCCAAAUUACCAACUCAGGUUGAAAUAGAGGAAAUUGUAGAAGAAGUUCUUCCUAAAAUUACUGAAUUACCCGCUGAUGAAUCGCAUGCAGUAAGGAUAGUAGAACUUCCCGAAGAAACAGUUGUCGAAGAAUACAAGACGCCAGAAGGAAUAAAGAAAAAGAAAAUUACUAAACGUGUAAUCAAAAAGAAGGUAGGUUCCAAAGUAGAAACAACGGAAAUAGCUACUGAAGAAGAAGAUAAUAAAGAGCCAAUUAUUUCAGUAAGUAAAAUAGAAGAAGUAGUCGAUGAUGAGACAUUCGAUGAAUUUUCAACAACCUACAAACCUGAAGAAGCUCAAGUAAUUGAGGAAUCUCCUGAACAAGUUGAAGUUAUCAGAGUUCGUACAGAAACUGGUAAAACUAAGGAUAUAAAAACAUCGAAAAGAAUUAUUAGAAAGAAAAAAGGUGAUGCGAAUGAAAUCACAGAAAUUACAACUAUUCAGGAAGAUGACGAAGCUCCUAUUACUACAGUAAAAAUAAAAGAAUUAUUACCAGAAACAAUAGAAAGUACAGAUACAGAGGAAGUAAUAGAAUUACCUGAGGAAAUAGUAGUCGAAGAAAUGAAAAAGUCUGAUGGAAGCACAAAACAAAAGAAAACCACAAAGCGCAUAAUUAAAAAGAAAAGGGGACCAAAGAUUGAAACUACGGAGAUUACAACUGAGCAGGAAGAUGACAAGCAACCAGUAAUUUAUGUACAUAAGACUGAAGAAGUAUCAGAUGAUUCGGCUAUCGACUUUGUACUCAAAUAUAAACCAGAAAAGGCACAAAUCAUUGAAGAACAACCAGAAUCAAUUGAAAUAACACAAGUAAAGACGGAAAGCGGUGAUGUGAAAAAAAUAAAAACUUCUAAAAGAAUAAUAAGUAAGAAGAAAGGCGGGAAAGAAGAAGUUACAGAAAUAACAACAGUGGAAAAAGACGAUCAAGCACCGAUAUCUAUCGUCACAGUUUCUGAAAAAUCAUUGGAUCAACCUUUAGAAGUUGAAGAGAUUAAAGAAGUUAAUAAAAAACAUAAAAAGAUUAUUAAACGAGUUAAGAAAGACAAAGAACAAAAUUUGAAAACAGCAGAAAUAAUAACUCUCUCAGAUAAUGAUGAGACAGUAACAGAAUUUAUUGUAAAGCGAAUAUAUAAUACAGCUGUUUUUAUAGACGAUAUUCCAGAAAAAAAUGAACUUAGUGAGCUUCCAAAUGAAAAAAUAAUUGAAGAAGAGGAUUUACCUGAAAGUAAAACAAAGACAAUAAAAAUUAAAAAACGUGUGGUAAAAAAGAAAACAACUGCAGAUAUCUCAGAAGAUGAUGAUAAACAACCAAAAGUUUCUACAAUUGACAGUGAAAUUGAAGAUGAAGUCGUAACAGAAUCAAAAAUAUCAGAAUUAGAAGAAAUUCAACCGAUAAAAGUGAUUGAGUUACCUGAACAAGUUGAAAUUAAGGAAACCACAACACCUGAAGGUAAAAUAAAACAAAAGAAAAUUACUAAACGUAUCCUUAAGAAGAAAAUAGGACCAAAAACGGAAACAACAGAAAUUAUAACUGAACAAAUUGGUGACAGUCAACCUAUCGUUUCAGUUCAAAAGACGGAAGAAUAUACAGAUACUGCAGUAGAAGAAUUUGAGAAUAUAUAUGAACCUGAAAAAGCAUCGGUAGUAGAAGAAAUACCUGAGGCAGUAAAAGUAACGCAAAUCAAGACUGAAACUGGUGACAUAAAAACUGUAAAGACAACAAAACGAGUAAUAAAAACGAAGAAAGGUCCAAAAAAAGAAAUAACAGAGAUAGUUACUAUAGAAAAAGAAGGCGAAACCCCAAUAACCACAGUCAAUGUUAUCGAUGAGAAGCUUCCCGAAGAGAAAGAGGAUAAAUCCAUUGAAAUUAUUGAACUUCCCGAAGAAACAGCAGUAAUAGAAACUAAAAUGCCAGAUGGUAUACCCAAACAGAAAAAAGUUACAAAACGUGUAAUUAAAAAGAAAGUAGGAUCUAAAGUAGAAACUACAGAAAUUGUUACAGAACAACAAGAAAACGAGGCACCAAUUAUUUCAGUUAGUAAAACAGAGGAACUAAUAGAUGAAGAAACUACUCCGUUUACUGUAUUAAAAAAGACAGACACGGCGAAACCUAUAGAAGAAAUUCCAGAAACAGUCCAAGUUACUCAAGUGCGUACAGAAGAAGGAGACAUUAAAUCUGUUAAGACAACUAAGAGAGUAAUCAAAAAGAAAAAGGGGACUAAGGAAGAAACCACUGAAAUAACAACUAUUGAAAAAGACGAUGAAUCUCCAAUUACAACUGUAAUCGUGACAGAAAAAGAUGACUUACCAAAAGAAGAAAUAAUACCAAUAGAAACAAUUGAAUUACCAGAAGAGACAUAUGUUGAAGAAACUAAAACUCCAGAUGGGUUAACUAAACAGAAGAAAAUAACAAAACGAAUUAUUAAGAAGAAAACUGGUCCUAAAAUAGAAACAACUCAAAUUAUCUCUGAACAAGACGAUGAUACUAAGGAGCCCAUCAUUUCUGUACAUAAGACUGAAGAGAUAUUAGAUGUAGUUACCACACCUCUGAAUAGCAAUCUACACGAUUUUGACAAGGCUAAAAUAGUAGAAGAAAUUCCUGAAGAAGUAAAUGUCGCGGAGGUUCCUACUGAAACAGGUGAAACUAAAUCCGUUAAAACUAUAAAACGAGUUAUUAAGAAGAAAAAGGGUCCUAAAGAAGAAGUUACUACAAUAACCACUGUAGAAAAGCAGGGUGAAACUCCUAUUACUACUGUCACAGUAAGUGACAAAGACUAUGGUGUUCCAGAAGUAACUACACCGCUAGAAAUAAUUGAACUUCCAGAAGAGCAAACUAUAGAAGAAUUUUCAACUCCAGAAGGUAAAACUAAGAUUAAAAAGAUUUCAAAACGCACGAUAAAGAAAAAAGUCGGUCCCAAAGUAGAAACAACUCAAAUUGUCACAGAAGAAGUAGAUGGAAAAGUAGAGCCGAUAAUAUCUGUUCACAAAACAGAAGAAGUUCUCGAAGAUAUGACAAUACCAUUUGAGCAGAUAAUAGAUGAACCUCACAAAGCUCAUACUAUUGAAGAAGUACCUGAGGAAAUUAAAAUUACACAAAUACGGACUGAAACUGGCGAAAAGAAAGCGAUUAAAACAACAAAGCGGGUAAUUAAGAAGAAAAAGGGACCAAAAGAAGAAGUCACUGAAAUUACUUCUGUGGAAGUGGAAGGAGAAUUACCUAUUACUACAGUUACCGUGACUGAAAAAGAUGAUGUUAAUGUACAGGAAAUAGUACCAAUAGAAACUGUCGAACUGCCGGAAGAAAUAUUUAUCGAAGAAACUGUUACACCAGAGGGUAUUCCUAAAACAAAGAAAAUAGUAAAACGUACCAUUAAAAAGAAAAUUGGCCCUAAAGUAGAAACAACAGAAAUUAUAACUGAACAAGGUGAAACCAAAGAACCUAUUGUAUCUGUCCACAAAACAGAAGAAAUUUCAGAAGAUAUUGCCUUUCCUUUUAAUGAAGUACUGCAAAAAUCUGACACUGCUAAUGUUGUUCAGGAAAUUCCAGAGGAAGUUAAAGUUACACAAAUUCGUACUGAUACCGGUGAAACCAAAGCAAUAAAAACAACAAAACGAGUUAUUAAGAAGAAAAAAGGCCCCAAAAAAGAAGAAAUCACGGAGAUUACUACAGUUGAAGCUGAAGGAGAUACACCUAUUACAACAGUAACUGUAACGGAAGAAGAAACGCCAGAAGAGAAGCCAUAUGAUAUAAUUGAAGUCCCAGAGGAAAUCAUUACAGAAGAAUCAAAAUCUCCAGAAGGUAAGUCAAUCAAGAAAAAAAUUAUUAAGCGUGUUAUUAAAAAGAAAACAGAGCCUAAAACUGAAACAGAACAAACAACUAUCGGAGAAGACAAUAAAAAACAAAUUUUAACACACACAACAGAAGACAUUAUUGACGACACCAUUACACCACUUGUUACUUUACAUGAAACAAUAAAAGCUAAAAUUAUUGAAGAAAUUCCCGAAAAAUAUGAAACAUCCGUAACACUUUCACAACUUGAUAAUAUUAAACCAGAUAAAACAAUUGAAAUAAUAGAACUACCUGAAGAAACAACUAUAGAAGAGGCAGCGACACCUGAAGGUUUGGUAACAAAAAAGAAAAUUACUAAACGUGUUAUCAAGAAAAAGAGAGGACCUAAAUUAGAAACUACAGAAAUAGUUAGUGAACAAAUAGAUGAUAAAGAACCUAUAGUAUCUGUACAUACUACAGAAGACCUCGUAGAGGAUACUAUUUCAUCUUUUACAGAUAUAACACAAAGACCCGAAAAUGCUAAUAUUAUUGAGGAGAUUCCUGAGAAAGUGGAAGUAACACAGAUACGAACAGAAUCAGGAGACAUAAAAUCUGUUAAGAAAACUAAACGUGUUAUAACGAAAAAAGAUGGGCCUAAAAAAGAAGUGACUGAAAUCACAACCAUAGAAAAAGAUGGCGAAUCACCUAUAACAACGGUAAGUGUUAUCGCUGAAUCGCCAGAAGCGGAAGAAAUUAUUGAAGCGGUGGAAUUACCAGAAGAAACUACUAUAGAAGUUCUUGAAACUCCAGAAGGUAAACCAAAAUAUAAAAAAGUUACAAAAAGAAUUAUAAAAAAGAAAAAAGGUCCUAAACUUGAAACUACAGAAAUCACUACAGAAGAAGAAGACAAUAAACAGCCUGUGGUCUCAAUCCAUACUAUCGAGGAACUUGUGGAUGAUAUUAGUUUACCAUUUACACCGGAAAUAGAUACUCCUGAUACUGUUAUGGUCAUUGAAGAAUUACCUGAGAAGGUAGAAAUUACUCAAGUGCGAACAAAAACUGGUGAAAUUAAGUCAAUAAAGACUACAAAAAGAGUCAUUAAAAAGAAAAAAGGCCCAAGCAAAGAAGUUACAGAAAUCACAAAAAUAGAAACGGAUGGCGAAACUCCCAUUAGUACGAUUACGGUUACUGAGGAAAAAGAUUCAGAGUUAGAUGAAGUUGUAGAAGACUCAAGUUCAAUCACUGAAGAGAAACCAGUUGAAGCCUUACAACCUCAAGAUGGUAAGCCUAUUAAAAAUCAAGUUGUUAAACGUAAAAAAAGGGUAGGGUCUAAAACUGAACAAAUCGUGACAGUUGAGCAACAAGUCGAUAAACCAUAUACCAUAUCAGUACACACUACCGAAGAAAUCAAAGACGAUACCACUACACCACUCGAACAUACAUUACGCUCACAAGACACAGCUAAACUACUAGAUGAACCUUUAGAAAAAAUAAAUAUUACUCAAAUACAUACAAAAUUAAGUGAAGAUAAGCCCAUUACUGAUACAGAGCGCGUUAUUAAGAAGAUUAAAAAAUCCAAGAAAAAAACUGUUGAAAUUGAUGACAUUUUUGAAGAAAACAUUCCAAAAGAAGAAAAUAGGAUCGAGUCACCUGAAUUUACUGUAGAAGAAAUAGAAACUCCAUAUGAAAUAUCAAAAGGUACACCGGUUUCACCAAAAUCAUCUGACACUGAAGAAACUGAAGAGAUAGUGACUAAAUUUAUACAAGCUCCCGGAAAUGGAGAACCAAUACAAAUUAAAACAAAGCGCACAAUUUUAAGGAAGACCAAAAAGAAAGGAAACAGAGACAUUGCUGAAGGUGAUAUUGUAAUAGAGGAAACUCUAGACGACGAUAAUAAAAAACAACCUCAACAAAAAAUACCUCAUGAAGUAAAUAUCGAAGAAUAUGAUGGGGAUGAGGCUGUCAUUGAAGAUUCUGAUAAAAGUACCAUUGAAAUGCCUGAGGAAAUUUUGCCUAUACCAAAACUACCGACCCAAGUUCAAAUAGAAGAAAUGGCAGAAGAAAUUAUUCCCAAAAUCACUGAAUCACCAGAUAAAGAAGUACCAGUGGUUAAUAUUAUAGAAUUGCCGGAAGAAACGAUCGUUGAAGAAUUUAAGACGCCAGACGGUAUAAAGAAAAAGAAAAUCACUAAACGUGUAAUCAAAAAGAAGGUAGGUCCUAAAGUAGAAACAACAGAAAUAGCUACGGAAGAAGAAGAAAAUAAGGAGCCGACUAUUUCAGUGAGUAAAAUGGAGGAAGUGAUCGAUGAUGAGACAUUCCAUGAAUUUACCAUGAGGUAUAAGCCAGAAGUAGCCCAAAUUAUCGAAGAAAUUCCAGAACAAAUUGAGGUCACUCGAGUUCGUACAGAAAGUGGCAAAACUAAGGACAUAAAAACUUCAAAAAGAAUUAUUAGAAAGAAGAAAGGUGAUUCUAAUGAAAUCACAGAAAUUACCACUAUUCAAGAAGAUGAUGAUGCACCGGUCACAACUGUAACAAUAAAAGAAUUAUUGCCAGAAAUAAUAGAAGUUACAGAUACGGAGGAAGUCAUAGAAUUGCCUGAAGAAAUUGUAGUAGAAGAAAAGAAAGACAUAGAUGGUAGUACAAAACAAAAGAAAAUCACAAAACGCAUAAUUAAAAAGAAAAAAGGACCAAAGAUUGAAACAACAGAGAUAACAACAGAGCAGGAAGAUGAAAAACAACCAGUAAUUUAUGUACAUAAGUCUGAAGAAAUAUCUGAUGACUCUACAGUAGACUUUAUAAACAAACACAAACCUGAAAAAGCACAAGUCAUAGAAGAGCAGCCAGAACAAGUUGAAGUAACGCAAGUCAAAACAGAGACCGGUGAUGUAAAAAAAGUUAAGACUACUAAAAGAAAAAUAAGUAAGAUUAAAGAUGGCAAAGAGGAAAUUACAGAAAUAACGACGGUAGAAAAGGAUGAUCAGGCACCUGUAUCUAUAGUAAUCGUAACUGAAAAACCAUUGGAUGAGACUAUAGUACCUGAAGAUAUAGAUGACGUAAUACCAAAACAUAAAACAGUUGUCAGAAAAAAGAAAUCUAAACCAAAAGUAGCCGAAGUUUUAACAGCAACUGAUGAUAUAGAUACAGUGGAAGAAAUAGUUCCAGAACAUAAACCAGUUACUGUGGACAUCAAAGUUGUCCCAAAUGUGCUUGAAGAGAUAACUACUGAAGAAACAAAAUCAUCAGAAGGUAAGUCUAGAAAAUCAAAAGUAAUAAAACGCAUAACAGAAAUGAAUGUACAAUCGACAGCAGAACCCACAUCAAACCAAGAUGACACGACACAACCAAAAUCUUCACAACUAGACGAGAAAACAGAUGACACAUCUUCAAUAAUAAUUCACAGAACUACUAAUGUACAUACAGACAUAACAGAACCAUCACAAACAGAAGAAAGUAGGCCAACAGAGACAUUCGAAUUACCCGAACAAACAAUACUUCAAAUGACAGAAACACCAGAUGGUAAGGUAAAACAAAAGAAAAUCACUAAACGCAUCAUAAAAAAGAAAGUAGGACCCAAAAUAGAAACAACAGAAAUUACAACUGAAGCAGAGGAUGACAAGCAACCUGUAAUAUUAGUACACAAAACAGAGGAAUAUACAGACGAAAUCUCCCAAAACCUGAAGGACACACAACAACUACAAAAAGCAUUUGUAAUAGAAGAAGUUCCAGAAACGGUUAAUAUAACACAAAUAAAGACUGAAGUGGGUGACGUUAAAAAAGUAAAAACUACAAAACGAGUAAUAAAAUCUAAAAAUGGACCAGAAAAUACUAUAACUGAAAUUGUUACUAUAGAAGAAGAAGGUCAAAGUCCUAUAACAACCGUAAAUGUCAGAGAAGAAACAGACAUUAAGGAAAGUAAUAAAAAACCAACAGAAAUUAUUGAAUUACCCGAAGAAAUAAAAGUUACAGAAACAGAUACGUCAGAGGGAAAAGUCAAGAAUAAAAUAACAAAACGUGUAAUCAAAAAGAAAUUAGGAGACAAAGUGGAAAAAACAGUAAUUGUUACAGAACAACAUGGACAUGAGGAACCGAUUAUUUCUAUCAGUAAAACAGAAGAAUUAGUAGACGAAGACGCAUUGCCCUUUUCUAUAUUACAAACAGAAGAAACUGCAAAACCUAUAGAAGAAAUCCCAGAGACAAUUCAAAUUACGCAGGUGCGUACAGAAAAAGGUGAUCUUAAAUCUAUAAAGACCACAAGGAGAACAUUUAAAAAGAAAAAGGGACCUAAGGAUGAAAUUACCGAGAUUACAACUAUCGAAAGAGAGGACGAGGCCCCAAUUAUGACGCUCAGUGUGACAGAAAGAGAUAAUGAUACUAUACCAAAAGAGGAUACGUUGACUGCCGAAAUAAUUGAAUUACCGCAAGUAACUUAUAUUGAAGAGACUAAAAGUCCAGAAGGUGAAACAAAACAAAAAAAGGUAACCAAGCGCACCAUCAAAAAGAGAGAAGGUUCGAAAGUAGAAACAACACAAAUUAUAUCGGAGCAAGACGAUGAAAGAAAAGGACCUACUAUUUCAGUGCAUAAAACGGAGGAAAUAUUGGAAGAUAUUACCGCGCCACUAUUUGUCAUUGAACAUAACACUGAUAAAGCAGUCAUAUUAGAAGAAAUGCCAGAAGAAGUCAAGAUUACACAGGUCAGUACGGAAGCAGGCGAAUCCAAAUCAAUCAAGACGACUAAACGUGUUAUUAAGAAAAAGAAAGGUCCAAAGGAAGAAAUUACAACUAUAACUACUGUGGAAAAAGAUGACGAAUUGCCUGUUACUACUGUUAUAGUCACCAAUAAAGAAAAUACCCAUCCAGAGGUAACCGCACCAGUAGAGAUCAUAGAGCUACCUGAAGAAACAAUUAUUGAAGAAAUACAAACCCCAGAAGGUCCUAAUAAAGUAAAAAAAGUUGUCAAACGUACAAUAAAAAAGAAAAUAGGUCCCAAAAUAGAAACAACACAAAUCGUUUCAGAACAAGAAGACGAAUCACGAGAACCGAUUAUAUCUAUCCACAAAACUGAAGAAUUAUUAGAAGACACAGUUACACCUCUCAAUGAAAUAUUAACUGUUCCUCACAAAGCUUGCAUUGCGGAAGAAAUCCCCAAGGACAUAGAAGUUACACAAGUAAAUACAGAAUUUGGUAAAACUGAACCAGCUAAAAAAUUAAAGCGAAUAACAAAAAAGACAAAAGAACCUAAGGAUGAUAUUUCCGAAAUCACAGAUCUUAUUGAAAAGGAAGAUCAAAAGCGGGCGGAAAUAAUAGAAUUACCAGAGGUAACAUUCGUAGAAAAAUAUGAUACUCCGGAAGGAGUUAUUAAACACAAGACAGUAACUAAACGUACCAUUAAAAAGAAAUUAGGUCCUAAAAUAGAAACGACACAAAUUAUUACAGAACAAAAUGACGAUAAUGAACAACCUGUCGUUUCUAUAAACAAAACGGAAGAGAUAGUUGAUGACGGCACUGCACCACUAGAACACCUAUUGGCCGAAGUCGAGGAAGCCAUAAUUGUAGAAGAAGUACCAGAGGAUGUAAAAGUUACAAAAAUAAGAACAGAGGAUGGUGAAACACGGACGAUCAAAACCACAAAACGUAUUUUCAAGAAAAAAGAUGGACCCAAAAAAGAAACUACUGAAAUAAUUACUAUUGAAGCAGAAGGACAAACGCCUAUUACUACUGUUUCCGUUACAGAGAGGGAUGACGACACAAUUCCAAUACAGACUUAUGAGUUACCAGAAGAAACUAUCAUCGAAGAAUACAAAACUCCAGAAGGAGGUACAAAACAAAAGAAGAUUACUAAACGCAUAGUUAAAAAGAAGGUAGGUCCUAAAGUAGAGACAACAGAAAUUGUCACAGAACAAGACGAAGGAGCUAUAGAACCAACUGUUUCAGUGCAUACAAUUGAAGAAAUUAUAGAUGAUGUUACUACUCCUAUAGCACAAGAAUUAAGUAACCUAGAGGAAGCUAAAAUUGUGGAGGAAAUGCCAGAGGAGAUAAAAGUUGAGCAAGUCCAAACAGAAACAGGAGAUAUUAAGUCUGUGAAGACAAUUAAACGUGUGAUUAGAAAAAAGAAAGGACCAAAAGAAGUAGUAACAGAAAUUAUAAGUACUGAUGUCGAAGGACAGCAGCCUACUACUACAGUAAAUAUAAUUGAACAAGAUAACGCUCCACAAGAUAACAUAACACUGAUUGAACUACCGGAAGAGACUUUUGUUGAAGAAUUUAAAACUCCAGAAGGUGUAGUUCAAGAAAAAAGAACCGUGAAACGAGUAAUCAAAAAGAAAAUAGGGCCUAAAAUUGAAACAACACAAAUUAUUACGGAACAUGAAGGUGGAAGUGAGGAACCCAUUAUAUCUGUACACCAAACAGAAGAUAUUUUAGAGGAUGCUACUACUCCGCUCGAUCAAAUAGUUAAAAAUAUGGAGACGGCCAAAGUUAUUGAAGAGAUACCAGAAGAUGUAAAGAUUACACAAGUACGAACGCAAACGGGUGAAAUAAAAUCUGUGAAGACUACAAAACGCAUUAUAAAGAAAAAGGUCGGUCCAAAAGAAGAGAUUACGGAAAUUAGUAUUAUAGAAACUGAUGGUGAAAAACCUAUCACUACAGUGAAUGUAUUGGAAGAGGAAGAAAUAAAGUCAAAAGAGGCAAUAGAACUACCCGAAAAUAUUAUUGAAGAAUAUGAAUCUCCAAAAGACAAAACUAAUCAGAAAAAGUUAACUAAACGAACUAAUAAGAAGAAGGAGGAACCUAAAAUUGAAGCUACCCAAAGCUUCCCUGAUCUACAAGAUGACAUCAAAGUGCCCACUAUGUCCGUACAUACAACAGAAGAACUAAUAGAUGACGUAUCCGAACCAUUUAAUGAACUAAUGGAUAAAACAGAAAAAGCAAGAACAGUAGACGAAGCACCAGAAAAUGUUACAGUAACGCAAGUGGAAACGGAUACUGGAGAAAUAAAACCAGUGAAAUCUGUAAAACGGGUUAUAAAGAAGAAAGGUCCAAAAGAAGAAAUUACAGAGGUGUCAACAAUUGAACAAGUAGAUGAAUUACCAAUAACUACUGUAGAUGUAUCUGAGAAAAAUGAUACUCAGACAGAAGAAACGUUGUCCACAAAAUCAGUCGAGCUACCUGAAGAAACUAUUGUUGAAGAAUAUGUAUCUCCAGAAGGUGAUAUUAAACAAAAGAAAAUUACUAAGCGAACAAUUAAAAAGAAAGUUGGUCCCAAAAUUGAAACGACACAAAUUAUUACUGAAGAAGAUAAUGAGAGUACACACCCUAUCAUUUCGAUCCAUAAGACGGAAGAAAUUGUAGACGAUAUUAGUGAACCGUUUAAAGCGCUAUUAAAAGAAUCUGAUGUAGCUGAAAUUGUUGAAGAAAUACCUGAAGAUGUAAAAAUUACACAAGUGCGGACAGAAUCCGGUGAACCGAAAUCAAUUAAGACUACUAAACGUGUCAUUAAGAAGAAGAAAGGACCUAAAGAAGAGGUUACAGAAAUCGUCACUGUUGAACGAGAAGGAGAAUCACCUAUAAGUACAGUGAAUAUUACCGAAACAGAAAUCUCAGAAGAAGAAUCACCUGCAGAGAUUGCGGAGCUACCCGAACAAGAUAUUCCAAAAAUUUUGAAAGGUAAGUUAGCAAAGAAGAAAAGUCCUAAAACUAUUUUAAAACAAACACCUAAAGACAAAAAGGUACAAGUAAUUGAUAAAGAACACAUAAAUACAGUUACACACAAUACAGAGGACAUUUUUGAUGACACUACAUUGCCACUUGCCACUCCACAAGUACCUGUGAAAGCACAUAUUAUCGAAGAAACUCCUGACAGACUACAUGUAUCCAUAGUACAAACAUAUAACCGUGACACUUUACCUACUAGAACUUUUAAAAAUAUAAUUGAGGAGACAGAAGGGAAUUAUUAUGAUUCUAAUGUUCAAAAUGUACCAGAGAAAGAAGCAAUUCAACCUACGAAAGUAAGUGAAUACCAAGAAGUAAUAACUAGUGAAGAACCUAAACCCCUCAAUAAUAAGAUAAAAGUAAAGAUUGACAAUAAAAAAACUAAAAGUCCGAAGAAAGACGUAACGCAACUAAGCAGUGAACAGGAUAUAAAUAAACAACCUUCACUUUCUGAACAGAAGACAGAAGUGAUAUUAGAAGAUACGACUUUACCGCUUGCAGAUACUGCACAAUUACCAGAGAGCGUAGUUAUAGUGGAAGAAAGUCCUGGUAAAAUAAAAAUAAUGCAAGUUAAUAUAGAAUUAUCUGAGUCAACAGAUGAUAUAUCAAAACCGAAAAAAGUUAAUAAACCCAUGAAAAAAGAAAACAUUGAACCUAAAAUUGAAACCUCUAUCACAGAAGUGCAGGAUGAAAAACCUCUAUUGUCUUUACAUGCCACAGAUACUAUUGUAGAUGAUAUUAACAUAGUAUUUACAGAAGAUUCAUAUAAUGUUCACAAAGCUGAGAUAAUCGAGGAUAUUCUUGAAACCGUAGGAAUUACACAAGUACAAAUGGAAAAUGAUCAAAUGAAACCAGAAGAAAUUAUUAGCAGUAAUAAACAGAAGAAACAGCGUAGAACUAAAUUAUCACAAAUAGAAUACCAAAAUCCAGUUGCUGCUGUAACGGUUACCGAAAAAGAAAUACCAAGUGAAGCAGACUCUUUAGGAUUAUUAGAGGACUCUACAGAAGAUUUACAAUCUCCGGAGGGUAAGAUAAAAUAUAAAUCAGUUAAACAUAUUAAUAAAAAUAAAAUACUUCCUAAGUCAAAUGAAUUGCUGGGUAACCUAGAAGACAAUCAACAGUAUAACAUUAUAGCAUAUACAGAAGAAGAAAAUUUACAUGACACUUUAAUACACCUAGAACACAAUUUCCCUAUACCUCAAAGAGCUAAAAUUGUACACGAAUCAAUAGGAACUCUUCACAUUCAAACUAAAGACUCUGUACUGAUAUCAGAUCAGAAAAUUAUGGACGCCACUGAAACAGAUUCACUUAUAGAAGAAACACAUAGUAAAUCACAGAGACGCCCUAAAAAUAAAGUAGGACUAAACACAGAAAAAACACAGUUGUCUCUAGCCAAUGAGAAUGAAACACAAUUUAAUACAUCUGUUCACUUUAUAGAAGAAUACGAUUAUGACACCACCACACCUAUAGAAAACACUUCAUGCUCACCAGUCAAAGUACACAUCACUGAAGAGCCAUCACUCAAAAUACACGCAACACAAGUUCAGAUAACAUUUAAUCAAAUAAAAACAACAAAAGAUUUAGAAAGUAAUGUACCUAAAAAUUCGAACAAUGAAAAUCACACAGCGAAAGUUUCAGAUAACAACGUUCACAUUAAGCCAACUAAGUCCGGAAUAGAAGAAUCACAGGAAACAUUACCAGAUAAAACUACAUUGCCAAUAAGUGAAUUACAAGAGAGCAAACUCACUGAGGAAAAAAAUAAGAAACGAGUAAUCAAAAAGGUAAUAAAACCUAUAAUAGAACCCUCAGAUAUUUUUACAGAACAACAAGAUAUUGAGGAACCGAUUAUUUCUGUUGGUAAAACAGAAGAAUUAGUAGACGAAGACGCAGUACCCUUCACUAUAUUACAAACAGAAGACACUGCAAAACCUAUAGAGGAAAUCCCAGAGACAAUUCAAGUUACGCAGGUGUCUACAGAAAAAGAUGACGUUAAGUCCACUAAGACUACAAGGAAAACAUUUAAAAAGAAAAAGGGACCUAAGGAUGAAAUUACCGAGAUUACAACUAUCGAAAGAGAGAACGAGGCCCCAAUUAUGACACUCAAUGUGACAGAAAAAGAUAAUGAUACUAUACCAAAAGAGGACACGAUGACUGCCGAAAUAAUUGAAUUACCGCAAGUAACUUAUAUUGAAGAGACUAAAAGUCCAGAAGGUGAAACAAAACGAAAAAAGGUAACCAAGCGCACCAUCAAAAAGAGAGAAGGUUCGAAAGUAGAAACAACUCAAAUUAUAUCGGAGCAAGACGAUGAAAGAAAAGAACCUACUAUUUCAGUGCAUAAAACGGAGGAAAUAUUGGAAGAUAUUACCGCGCCACUAUUUGUCAUUGAACAUAACACUGAUAAAGCAGUCAUAUUAGAAGAAAUGCCAGAAGAAGUCAAGAUCACACAGGUCAGUACGGAAGCAGGCGAAUCCAAAUCAAUCAAGACGACUAAACGUGUUAUUAAGAAAAAGAAAGGUCCAAAGGAAGAAAUUACAACUAUAACUACUAUGGAAAAAGAUGACGAAUUGCCUGUUACUACUGUUGUAGUCACCAAUAAAGAAAAUACCCAUCCAGAGGUAAACGCACCAGUAGAGAUCAUAGAGCUACCUGAAGAAACAAUUAUUGAAGAAAUACAAACCCCAGAAGGUCCUAAUAAAGUAAAAAAAGUUGUCAAACGUACAAUAAAAAAGAAAAUAGGUCCCAAAAUAGAAACAACACAAAUCGUUUCAGAACAAGAAGACGAAUCACGAGAACCGAUUAUAUCUAUCCACAAAACUGAAGAAUUAUUAGAAGACACAGUUACACCUCUCGAUGAAAUAUUAACUGUUCCUCACAAAGCUUGCAUUGCGGAAGAAAUCCCCAAGGACAUAGAAGUUACACAAGUAAAUACAGAAUUUGGUAAAAAUGAACCAGCUAAAAAAUUAAAGCGAAUAACAAAAAAGACAAAAGAACCUAAGGAUGAUAUUUCCGAAAUCACAGAUCUUAUUGAAAAGGAAGAUCAAAAGCCGGCGGAAAUAAUAGAAUUACCAGAGGUAACAUUCGUAGAAAAAUAUGAUACUCCGGAAGGAGUUAUUAAACACAAGACAGUAACUAAACGUACCAUUAAAAAGAAAUUAGGUCCUAAAAUAGAAACGACACAAAUUAUUACAGAACAAAAUGACGAUAAUGAACAACCUGUCGUUUCUAUAAACAAAACGGAAGAGAUAGUUGAUGACGGCACUGCACCACUAGAACACCUAUUGGCCGAAGUCGAGGAAGCCAUAAUUGUAGAAGAAGUACCAGAGGAUGUAAAAGUUACAAAAAUAAGAACAGAGGACGGUGAAACACGGACGAUCAAAACCACAAAACGUAUUUUCAAGAAAAAAGAUGGACCCAAAAAAGAAACUACUGAAAUAAUUACUAUUGAAGCAGAAGGACAAACGCCUAUUACUACUGUUUCCGUUACAGAGAGGGAUGACGACACAAUUCCAAUACAGACUUAUGAGUUACCAGAAGAAACUAUCAUCGAAGAAUACAAAACUCCAGAAGGAGGUACAAAACAAAAGAAGAUUACUAAACGCAUAGUUAAAAAGAAGGUAGGUCCUAAAGUAGAGACAACAGAAAUUGUCACAGAACAAGACGAAGGAGCUAUAGAACCAACUGUUUCAGUGCAUACAAUUGAAGAAAUUAUAGAUGAUGUUACUACUCCUAUAGCACAAGAAUUAAGUAACCUAGAGGAAGCUAAAAUUGUGGAGGAAAUGCCAGAGGAGAUAAAAGUUGAGCAAGUCCGAACAGAAACAGGAGAUAUUAAGUCUGUGAAGACAAUUAAACGUGUGAUUAGAAAAAAGAAAGGACCAAAAGAAGUAGUAACAGAAAUUAUAAGUACUGAUGUCGAAGGACAGCAGCCUACUACUACAGUAAAUAUAAUUGAACAAGAUAACGCUCCACAAGAUAAUAUAACACUGAUUGAACUACCGGAAGAGACUUUUGUUGAAGAAUUUAAAACUCCAGAAGGUGUAGUUCAAGAAAAAAGAACCGUGAAACGAGUAAUCAAAAAGAAAAUAGGGCCUAAAAUUGAAACAACACAAAUUAUUACGGAACAUGAAGGUGGAAGUGAGGAACCCAUUAUAUCUGUACACCAAACAGAAGAUAUUUUAGAGGAUGCUACUACUCCGCUCGAUCAAAUAGUUAAAAAUAUGGAGACGGCCAAAGUUAUUGAAGAGAUACCAGAAGAUGUAAAGAUUAUACAAGUACGAACGCAAACGGGUGAAAUAAAAUCUGUGAAGACUACAAAACGCAUUAUAAAGAAAAAGGUCGGUCCAAAAGAAGAGAUUACGGAAAUUAGUAUUAUAGAAACUGAUGGUGAAAAACCUAUCACUACAGUGAAUGUAUUGGAAGAGGAAGAAAUAAAGCCAAAAGAGGCAAUAGAACUACCCGAAAAUAUUAUUGAAGAAUAUGAAUCUCCAAAAGACAAAACUAAUCAGAAAAAGUUAACUAAACGAACUAAUAAGAAGAAGGAGGAACCUAAAAUUGGAGCUACACAAAGCUUCCCUGAUCUACAAGAUGACAUCAAAGUGCCCACUAUGUCCGUACAUACAACAGAAGAACUAAUAGAUGACGUAUCCGAACCAUUUAAUGAACUAAUGGAUAAAACAGAAAAAGCAAGAACAGUAGACGAAGCACCAGAAAAUGUUACAGUAACGCAAGUGGAAACGGAUACUGUAGAAAUAAAACCAGUGAAAUCUGUAAAACGGGUUAUAAAGAAGAAAGGUCCAAAAGAAGAAAUUACAGAGGUGUCAACAAUUGAACAAGUAGAUGAAUUACCAAUAACUACUGUAGAUGUAUCUGAGAAAAAUUAUACUCAGACAGAAGAAACGUUGUCCACAAAAUCAGUCGAGCUACCUGAAGAAACUAUUGUUGAAGAAUAUGUAUCUCCAGAAGGUGAUAUUAAACAAAAGAAAAUUACUAAGCGAACAAUUAAAAAGAAAGUUGGUCCCAAAAUUGAAACGACACAAAUUAUCACUGAAGAAGAUAAUGAGAGCCCACACCCUAUCAUUUCGAUCCAUAAGACGGAAGAAAUUGUAGACGAUAUUAGUGAACCGUUUAAAGCGCUAUUAAAAGAAUCUGAUGUAGCUGAAAUUGUUGAAGAAAUACCUGAAGAUGUAAAAAUUACACAAGUGCGGACAGAAUCCGGUGAACCGAAAUCAAUUAAGACUACUAAACGUGUCAUUAAGAAGAAGAAAGGACCUAAAGAAGAGGUUACAGAAAUCGUCACUGUUGAACGAGAAGGAGAAUCACCUAUAAGUACAGUGAAUAUUACCGAAACAGAAAUCUCAGAAGAAGAAUCACCUGUAGAUAUUGCGGUGCUACCUGAACAAGAUAUUCCAAAAAUUUUGAAAGAUCAUGUAGAUUUACCUACAGAUACAGAGUUACCAAAGUUACCAUCUGAAAUAAAACCUGAAGAGAAGAAGCCAAAGAAGCUGAAGAAAAAACUGAAAGAAAAAGAAGAAGUUCAACCACAAACUGAAGAAGAGCAUAUUAUUGAAAGCCCAGAAGAUAUUAAAUCUGAGGAAAUAGAAGCAGCUCCAGUAAAUGACGUCACAGAAAAGAAAGAACCAAAGAAGCUGAAACUAACACCAAUGAAAAUUGAAAAAAUGAAAAUAAGUGAACCUCAACAUGCUGAAAAUAUAGAAGGUCCUCAGUUUGCAAAAUUAAAAUUGAAAAAACCUACUCAAAAACCAAAACAAGAACAAUCAACUGUUACGCUGCCAAAGUUCCAACUAAAAAGUCGUAUAAAAUAUAUUAAUGAUUGGCCACCACAAGAUACGAAGCCCAUAAUUUCAUUUUUAGGUAGCAUAAGACAAAACGGAGAAUUAUCCAGAAACAUAAAAGAAGCUGCGAAAAUUAAAAAGAAACCUAUUAAAAUAUCGAUGCCCGAUUUCGAAAAAGCCGAACUUGAAAAACCAGAGCUAUUUGAAUACACAUCAGAUAAAGGAGAAAUCAGUUCCGAAGAACCCAAAUUAGCUUCUACAGAAGAUGAUAAAUUAACAGAUAAAGUAGUAGACGAAUCAGAUAUUAAAAAGAAAAUUGUUAAACCUGAAUUAGAUAAACCAGAAGAACCUACUGAAGAUGUUUCCCCUGAGAGUCCUAAGGAAGUUGUACCCGUACAAGAGAAAAAACCGAAGGUAAAACUUACUCCAAUGAAAAUAGAAAGAAAAGUACUUGAAGUAAGUAAGCCACAGCAUGCUGAAAAUAUUGAAGGCCCUCAGUUCACAAAACUCAAAUUAAAGAAAACUGUGUCUAAACCUAAACAGGAUAGUUCUGUUGUUACUAUACCAAAAUUCCAAUUAAAGAGUCGUAUAAGAUAUAUAAAUGACUGGCCACCACAAAUUAUAGAACCAAUUAUAAGCUUUUUAGGGAGUGUAAAACAAAAUGGCAUAUUAUCAAGAAACGUGAAAGAAGCAGCAAAAAUAAAGAAAAAAGUGUAUAAGGAACCAGAAUUGCCUGAAAUAGAAAAGACAGAAUUAGAAAAACCAUUGUUUGGAUAUGAGGAUAUUGUAGAAAGUAAAAAACUAGAAGAAACUGAAUUGCCAAAAGAAGAUAUUGAAGAGAGGGACGAUGAACCUGAGCAAUUUACUAUAAAACCAAGGCGCCCAAGUGUCAAAAAAUCUGAAGAAUUAGUCGAUGAAAUAACCAUAAAAAAGAAGUUAAAACCGCUCCGUAAGUCAUCUGUGACGUUACCUGAAAUAACAGAACCAGAGAACGUUACAUUUAGACCAAAAAGCACUAAAACAAAAGAGGAUGUUGAACAAGAAUUUAAUAUUCAGUUAGAUUCCUAUGCAGAAGAAGAAAUUUCAAUGUCAAGUAAAGUCAAAUUGAAGCCUCAGAAACAACCUACCUUUAAUGAAGAAGCAAAUGAAACCUCUAUUAAAUUUUAUGAAGAAAAUGAGGGUCCGGAUGUAGUUGAAAUUAUUGAAAGUGAUGUAGAGGAGGAAGAUGAUACGUCAAACGUAAUGUUAUCAUUAAAGAAACCAAAAAAAGUAAAGAAAGUUGCAUCAGAAGAUAUAACGUCUAAUGUAACUAUAUCUAAACCGAAGUCUGCCGAACCUGUAUCAGAAAUCACACAAGACAUAAGUCUUAAAUUAGAGAAAAAGCCUAAAUAUGUAAUUGAUGACCAAGAAGAAGUAACAUUUGACGUGAAAUCACAAACAGAUCAAUAUACACAAGAAGAACUGUCACUUUCCAGUAAAAUCAAACUGAAGCCAAAAAAGAAGGUAACUGUAUCAGAAGCUGCUGAUGAAACAUCUAUACAAUUGACGCAAGAAAUCGAAGAUGAUAGUCAAGCAGAAGAGAUAAUUUUAAGUGAAGCUGAGUCCGAUGAUAAUGUGGAAUUCCGCAUUAAACGUAAACCUAAAAAGCCCGCUUAUGAGGUCAGUGAAGUAGAAGAACUUAGUAUAGAAUUAAAACCCAAAAAGAUAAAUGACGACACGUAUGAAGAAGAACAACUGACUAUAUCAGCUAAACGAAAGCCCAGGAAACCAUCCCAAAUUCAAGAAGCUGAUGCGUCCAUGAGCAUAUCCAGAGAACAAGAAUUCCCAGAAACCCCACUGGACGUACGAAGUGGAGACACGGUAUUUGCUGUGUAUUCUUAUGUAGCGGAAACUGACGAGGCUAUAAACCUCGUUGAAGGAGAGCGCCUUUAUAUACUAGAGACUACAAAUCAAGACUGGUGGUUUGUUAGAAAACAUCUUACCGAAGAGAAAGGGUGGGUUCCGGCACAAUACCUAAUGGACGAAGCCAAUUACACUUUGUACCUACAAAAGAAGCUAAACGAGAAAAUCGAUAAGCUUCCAGUAUUCGAAAAACCAGCAUCAGAAGAAAGGGCCGUGGCGCCAAUAUUUGUAGAAAAAUUACGUCCUAAACAUACACCAGACGGAUCAACAGUACAAUUUGAAUGCCAAGUUGAGGGCUAUCCAAGGCCACAAAUUACUUGGUUCCGACAGACAGCCAUUAUUAAACCUUCGCAGGAUUUCCAUAUUUAUUAUGAUGAUGAUAAUGUAGCUACACUCAUAAUACGUGAAGUAUUUCCUGAAGACGCUGGUACAUUUACAUGUGUAGCCAAAAAUGCUGCUGGUUUUGCGUCUAGUACUACGGAACUUAUAGUAGAAGCUCCUCUUUCCGACCAUGGUUCAGAAAUGACUAUUUUAUCUAGGAAGAGUCUUUCUCGUGAAUCUUCAUUAGCUGAUAUCUUAGAAGGCAUUCCACCUACAUUCUCUAAAAGACCUAAAGCCCAGUAUGUUGAUGAAGGUUCUCAAAUAUUUUUGGAAUGCAGAUUAGUAGCCAUUCCAGAACCAGACAUUGCUUGGUUCUUUAAAGGCGAAGAAAUAUUCCCAGAUGAAAAUAUAUCGGUAGCUACAGAAUCGGAUAUGCAUAUGUAUUGUAGCGUACUCAAAAUAUCAAACGUAAAAAAAUUCCAAGAAGGUACUUAUACGGUACUGGCCGUUAACAGAGAAGGUGAAGCUAGUUUACCAAUAGUUUUAAAGAUCAAAACUGGACAAAAGGAAAAACCGCAAGUUAUUGAACCUUUAAAAAGCCUUACCAUCAGGGAGGGCGAGAGUGUUGUUCUUACUACUCAAGUUGUCGGAAAUCCACCACCAACAGUAUCUUGGUAUAAAAAUAAUAAACCAGUUAAAACAUUGACUACAAAAUCAGAUGGUGAAACACAUACUAUUACUAUUAUUAAGCCAAGAAAAGGUAAAGAUGAUGGUGUAUAUACCCUCAAGGCUGUAAAUUCAGAAGGAUCUACUGAAACUAGCGCUGUCAUUACUAUAGAAGAACCAACAGAAGAAAAUGCUGAACCACCACUGUUUAUAAACAGAUUCCAAGAAAUUACUGUAAAAGAAAAAGGUACUAUAAAAUUAGUCGCUAAAGUAACUGGAAAUCCAGUACCUAUAAUAACAUGGUACAGAAAUAAUGAAAUUAUUUCACCUUCCGAAACUGUGACGCAAACAUACGAUGGCGAAAAUAUUGAACUAAUAAUCACAAAUGUAGAUUCUGAAAUUGACUCUGGUGAUUAUAAAUGUGUAGCAUCAAACACUGCUGGUAAAGCUUCCCACGGAGCUCGUGUAACUAUUGACGUAGACAAAGUAACAUUUGUUAAAAACCUAAGAAACUCUUACGAAACUGAAGAGGGAAAAACUGUUAUACUUGAAUGCCAAACAUCACAUACCGUAUCUACAAAAUGGUACCAUAAUGAUAAGGAACUUAGUGGUAUGGACCAUAGAGAAAUAAUACAAGAAGGACGUACUCACAAAUUACGUAUUAAGAAAACAAAAUUGACCGAUAUUGGUUCCAUUAAAUGUGUGGUAAAAGAUCAAGAAACUAAGACUAAGCUAACUGUACAUGAAACAAUUCCAGAAUUUGUGCGUAAGUUACAAGACUUUGAAGUUAAAGAAAGAGAUAUUGCUAUUUUGGAAGUCGAGGUAAAUUCCGAAACCGCUGAUGUAUUCUGGGAGAAAGACGGAGAAAGGAUCAAGCCAAAGAAAAACAAAUAUGAAGUUGAGAAACGUGGUAAUGUUCGUAAAUUGUUUAUUAGAAAUACUUCAGUACACGAUGAAGGUGAAUACACUUGUAUAUUGCGAGAUGACUCUUGUACUGCAGAAGUAACCGUUGUUGAACUACCGCCUGAGAUAAUAUCACGACUUCAAGAUCAAUAUGUCAGUAAAGGUAACAAAGCCACGUUUGAAAUAGAACUUACAAAGGGUGAUGCGCUUGUACAGUGGUUUAAGGAUGGAUCAGAAAUUCAAUUCUCAAAUCAUAUGCAGCUAACAAUAGACGGAAAGAAACAAAAAUUGAAAAUAUAUGAAUGUGAAAUAACAGACGCAGGAGAAUAUGCCUGCGAAGUCGGAAGUGACAGGUGUACAGCAAAACUUAUUGUCGAAGAACCGUCGGUUGAUUUUACUUUGCGACUUCCAGAAGUUAUUUUGGUACCAGCAAACACUGAUGCUUACUUAACAGUUGAAAUCCCCGAUGAGACUUUGGAUGUUACUUGGUAUAAAAAGAAAUCGCUAAUUAAAGAUACGGAAAAGUUUACGCUCAUAUCAGAUAUUACAAAACGUACACUUAUAAUUCGAAAAUGUACUGAAGAGGAUCAAACUGAAUACUCGUGUGUAUUAUUGGAUGCUAAAUGUUCAACAAAGUUGAAAGUAGAAGUUUUAGAAUCUGCUCCAAGAAUUAUAUCUAGCGACAGUGAGUAUAGAGUUAAGCGAGGUACUGAUGUGACAUUACACGUUCAGUAUGAUGCCAUUCCUCAGCCCAAUGACGAGUGGGUGGUUAAUUCUAAGAUUAUUAAAAAAUCGAAACACACAAAACCGUCAAUUGAUUCUAGAUCAGCUUAUUUGACAAUUAAGAAAGUAGAAAAUACAGACGCAGGUAUUUACAAACUAAGGCUUGAAAAUAACUGCGGAGAAGCAGAAGUAGAUAUAAAUGUUAUUAUUUUAGAUAUUCCAUCACCCCCUGGAAAACCUAACAUUCUAGAAACCGAUGAUACCUCAGUAAACAUUUGUUGGGAUGUGCCUGAAAAUAAAGGUUUCUCAGAAAUUGAUUGCUACAUUGUAGAAUAUCAAGAAAUAAAUACAACAGAAUGGCUUUCUAUUGAAAAUAUCAGAAAAACUCAAUAUAGUAUUGAAAACCUAAAAACUAAGUCAUCAUACAGAUUUAGAGUAUUCGCCAUAAAUGAAGUUGGUGUGAGUGAAUCUUCGGAAGUUACAGAGUUUGUUCGAGUUGAAAAGAUUACUAAAUCUCAACCACCCACAGUUGAAAAACCAUUGAAAGAUUUAGUCGGAGAACCUGACGAAGACGUAGAACUAAUAUGUAUAUUUGGUGGCAUUCCUCAACCUAAAGUUACUUGGGUUAAAGACGGUAAGAAAUUAAAAACUGCAAAAGCCACAUAUGAAAAUAGAGUAGCAACUCUUGUAGUUACAACAACUACGACAUCAGAGGGAGAAUAUAAAUGUAUUGCUACAAAUGAAUUUGGUGAGGCUGAGACUAGUUGCAACCUGGAAGUUCAACAAAAACCAAUUAUUAAUGUAUCGGAAAAUGAAAUUAAUCAGAAAUGCAGAGUUGGUGAGGAAUGGUCUGUUACAGCAUACAUUAAAGGUAUACCUACCCCUGAAGUCUCAUGGUACAGGAAUGGUUCCAAAAUUGAGAGAUCAUCGGAAUUAGAAAUAAUAACCACUGAAGAUUCCAGCACAAUCAAAAUAUCAAACUUAGAAAGGAACCAUACUAGUAAAUAUACAAUUGAAGCUUAUAAUAAAGCAGGUUCUACUUCAGUAGAACUCUCACUAAGAGUAUAUGAUGUUCCAUCACCACCUCUGGGUCCUCUUGGCAUAUACGGCGUCAACAGCGACUCAUUAACCAUCACGUGGUAUCCUUCAGAAAAGAAUGGUGGCUCACCAAUUUUAGAUUACAGUGUUGAAAUAAAACAAGAAGGCAAGAAGUGGACACAUAUAGCAACGGUUACCGAAACUAAAGCCCGGAUACAGAAAUUGAUAGCCAACGCUACGUAUCAAUUCAGAAUAUGUGCUAGAAACGAAAUUGGCACAAGUCAGCCGUAUACCUCUGAUGAAAAAAUAACUAUAGGAAAAACACUAUCACCGCCUUCUCAGCCCCUCAACUUUGUCAUAAAAGAAAUUACAUCGAGAUCUGUGACUCUACAAUGGGCUGCGCCUGAAAGCGAUGGUGGAAGUGUUAUUACAAAUUAUAUAAUUGAAUACAAGAAUGUAAAAGGUAAAAAAUGGACCAAAAUUAUUACAGUAAGCGGUUCUGUAUAUGAACAUUGUAUUGAAAACAUAAAGGAGAAAGAUGAAUUAGUGUUCAGAAUAUCUGCAGAAAAUGCAAUCGGUGUGAGUUUACCGACAGAGUCCCAGAGUGUGAAAUUGGAGAAGCAUGCAACGGUACCAUCCCCGCCUACGGCCCCGUUAGAGAUCAGAACUGUGGGCAACAAUAUAGGGAUGACGUCGUGGGGUACUCCAGAAUGGGACGGUGGAGCGCCACUGCUGGGCUACAAUAUUGCCAUUCGUGACGUCACUAAAACCAUGUGGAUGGAAGUCGGAAAAGUUGACGCGCAUACACUCAAAUUCAACAUUCGUGAUCUAAAUGAGAAUCACACCUAUAUGAUCAGAAUAUUUGCACGCAAUGAGAUCGGUCUCAGUGAGCCUCUCGAGUCCGACGAACCAUUCAAAGUGAUUCCUGGAGAAGAUUCUCACGCGGACGAGGAGCCUGGUGAACAUACGGAGAUGACAGAACCUACGUCAUUCAGUACACAGACUACGACAUCGUGGCUCCGUGAACAUAAUAUGGAUGCCGACAUCCGUUCGUAUGCGCGCGGCUCCCUGCUGCGACGUGAUGAAUACUUCUUCAGGAUAUGGCACUACGCCAAACAACUGUUCAAGUAAUGCGACAGACGUACGCACAAACAUUUUACCUGUGAUAUUUAACGACAAAAUUUUUGUUAUAGUUGGCGGAUAGCAUAUUAGGCAUUACAGACAGUGCGUCCAAACUCGAAACUCAGUUAUUUUCUAAUUUUGUAAUACGAUUUUUUAUGUCGCAAUUUAGUAUUUCAUAUAUUUAUUGUAGUUAAGGAUUAAAUUAUUUUAUUUAUUUAAUUUAUUGAACAAUAAACUCUGAUGGUGGAGUUUGUAUCUCAUUCAAUAGUUAGCGGGAGACGUAUUAAAUAUAGGUGCAUAAAUAUUUAUUCGAUAAAUUGAAUGAGGUACGAAUAAUAUCAUCAAAGUUUAUAAGUAAUUGAGAAACUUAACAAUAUACAUGAAUAGCAACUAUUUUGAUUUUUUUUUCU